GGCGAGAGCAGCGCGAUGAGAGGCUGCGAGCUGCAGGUGCAGGCAGGGCUGGCAGCGCGCUCUCGCACGGCGGCGUGGCGGGCAUAGAGCACCUCGGCGGGCAGCCGUAGCAGAGCCCCCCGCCAGCCCGAGACCCCCGGAGGAUCGGGUCUCCCCGCGCAGCAGGGGCUGAAGCAGACCAUGUCGGUGGCGACCGGGGGCAGCGAGCCGGGGCCCGCCGCCACCGGAGGAGGCGGAGGGAACCGCGUUUUCUUCCAGAGCGGCGGCGGCUCGUCCCGGGAAGAGUCGGUGGCCCCGUCGGCGGCGGUGGUGCAAGUUCAGCAGCAGCAGCGGCGCCACCAGCAGGGCAAAGUGACGGUCAAAUACGAUCGCAAGGAGCUGCGGAAAAGGCUCGUGCUGGAGGAGUGGAUCGUGGAGCAGCUCGGGCAACUCUACGGCUGCGAGGUACUCCUGGCUGGGGAACUGAUCCCGGGAGGGAGGGAGCCUUCGGGGUGAUCGGGGCCCGGAUCCGAAAGGCAGGAGGGAAGGGCGCCCCGUCGAGGCCCCCAGACACACCCCACAGCCCUCCGCGGCUCCCGGCUGGCCGGAGCGCCCAGCAAGUAGGAGCCACAAGUACUUUAAAUCCGCUCUCCCCGCCUCGGGAAGCGGCAUCCUGGCGAGCAGGGAGCCUGAGCAACUCGCUGCCUCUCCAGCGCCUUCUACAAAACCGCUUUCCUGAUUUGAUCGCAUUUUUUUUUAAUUAACCUGCAUGCCAUUUUUAAUCCUCUCAUUUGCAUAUUGGGGAUUCCUUUUCAUCACGGUCGUUUUAUAAAUUGCACCGGAGUGUGAAGAUCUCCCUGGCUGAGGAAAACGCCGGGAAUGUGUGUGUGUGUGAAUCUGAAUGAAGCCACCUCUAAAUGACAUUCCCGUGUUCUGUCUCCCCUUCAGCUUCGCCCUCUUAAGGGUGUGUGUGUGUGUGUGUGUGUGUGUGUGAGAGAGAGAGAGAGAGAGAGAAGCUAUGCAAGAUUCCCACUUCCCACAACCAAAUAAAAGGGCACGUUGUUGCCCCUUAAAACAAAUCCGUGUCUAUUUUGCCAUAGGUGUGCUGAGUGGGGGGUUCUGGGUGUUCCUGCAUGCGGCGCUUCUCCUCGGGAUCAUGUGAUGCUCAUUACCCUCCGCGCUUCUGCCUACAGCGGCUUAGCUCAAAUCCUCGGCCGGCAACGCGGAGGAGCGCGCUCACUUCUAUGAAUGGUUUAUUUGCCUCUUCCUUGGCUCAAAACCCCACCAGCCUGCUAUACCACGUACUGUUGAUAAUGAUAUUCAUUAGUGUACGCGGAGCUGUCGGUUUGCUAACCUCUCAGUGUGAUCUCAGAUCGCAGGUUUAAAGUGCAAAGAGAUGGAAACUGUUUUAAUAUCUGAGGCCAGCCUUAAUUUGUUAGGCUAAGUGGGCUCUCCGCUUUCGGAUAAUGCGUAAAAUGGGGAGGACAUCGCAACCAGUGAGUGCUUCUGUCAGCCUUGCAUACUAACUAGAGGUCGUAUGUUACUAGAUGUUUCUGUAAGGAGAGGAGCAUGGGAGGUGGGGUGGAGUGAUUAGAUAUAUUUUUAAAUCGUGAGUGUUGCCUACCUUAAUCUUGUCUGUGGUCAACUUAGUGCCAGAGAGAGAGAAAAUAGAUCAGUGUCUUUGGGGGUUCAUUGCAACGGAGUUGGCAGUCCUUUUCUCCUACAGAGACUGUUUCAUGUUGGAGUUCGGUGGAAUGUGUCCAGGCUUGUGCUUGAACAUGUUAAAUAAGAACGUUGCUUAUUCCUUUACUUACAUGUUGGGAAUUUUCCUGGUGAAAGAACAGUGAGUGACAGUUCAGUAUGUAUAAUGGGGAAAGCAAGAAUCAGCUUUCCUCGGGGAUGAUGAGUUGUCCCUAAGGACAGGUUAGCAAAUAGUGUCUUGCACAAUUUAUAUUUGAUUGGAAGAAUGAAUGCUUGAUUUCUAGCAGGAUUGAAUUGCUUUUGGACUUGCAUUCUUUUGAUUUUGCUAUGAUAGUUAGCUUCUGUUCAAAUAGCAAAUUGGAGAAAGAGAGGUUGUGUUAUUUCCGACUAUAAAUUUCUUAAAGAAUUAAAUGAGUACUGUAACUAUAUUACUUUCAGGACAUAUCUGAAGGCAGCCCUGUAUAGGGAAGCUUUUUAAGGUUUAAUGUUUUACAAUGUCUUUAUAUAUGCUGGAAGCCACCCAGAAUGGCUGGGGCAACACAGUCAGAUGGGGGGGGGAGUACAAAUAAUAAAUUAUUAGUAUUAUUACUAUAAAUAACAGCUGGGAAGGGGGUUAUGAUUUAGAUCAAAACCUUGGUUGUUUGGGAAAUGGAGACUUGCAACUCUGCACUAUUUUCCCAAUGAAAAUUAUCCCCCACUCUCAAGCUGCUAUUUCCCCAAUACCUUGUCAAGGGGGACACAGGUAUCAUACCUGUAAUAUUGUCCUUUGAAACAAAGAAGCUUAUGGUUGAUUGCAAUUGGGAUUAAUGGUUCCAAGGUGGGGCAAAAAAAGCCAAAACUCCUUUCCUCAUCCCACCCUGACCCCCAUGGUCCAGAUUCAAUUCUCUUUUCCUCUCCCAAAUUUGUGUGCUGUUCAGUUGUUGUUGCUUUCAGCAAUUUCAGAAAUUGACUAUUUACAGACCUCCCACAUCUAGUUCUAGUGAUGACCUUGGAAGUCUAGUUGUCAUUGAGGUGGCAAACCUGAAUCUCUGCUGAAGUAUUUCAAACUCAGGGUGAGAGCUCAUUGAAUGUAACUCCAUACAAAAAUCCUGUGGAAUUAGAAAACUUAAGUUAGGGCAAAGGGUGGUAGCCUAGUCAACUCACUGACAUGCUAGUGUUUUGUAGCAGCUUAUCUCCCUGCUGCAAUGCUCCAUGUGCACACACUUAAAGACCCCCCCUUUUUUGUCUCACUGAGGGCCAAAGUGGAGGUAGUCGUGAUUGUUCACACAUUCAGCAUAUUAAUGGAUAAAGGUCUACUUUUGUCACAAAAAGAAGUAUGCUGGGAAAGAGACUUGAACUCUUUACACUUUGCCUCACAAGUUUCAGGCACUUCCCUGCCUGUUUCACUCCAGUACAUGAGGUGAACUUGGCUGGAGAGAGCAGUCAUUGAAUGGGAGAAGGGUAAGACAUUGGGGGAGGUUCAGAAUUGGACACCUCCCCUCCCUGCUUAAUAUGUGAAUGAAUUAAGCAGAAGAGCCUUGUUGGAUCAGGCUGAAGGCCCAUCUAGUCCAGCAUCAUGCUCUCACAGAAGCCUGCAGGCAGCACCUGAGGGCAAUACAGUGGUACCUUGGGUUACAGACGCUUCAGGUUACAGAUGCUUCAGGUUACAGACUCCGCUAACCCAGAAAUAGUACCUCGGGUUAAGAACUUUGCUUCAGGAUGAGAACAGAAAUCGUGCAGCAGUGUCAGCAGGAGGCCCCAUUAGCUAAAGUGGUGCUGCAGGUUAAGAACAGUUUCAGGUUAAGAACAGACCUCCAGAACGAAUUAGGUUCUUAACCCAAGGUACCACUUUAUUGCUUUCUCUACUUGUGAUCCCCCAGCAACUGGCAUUCAGAGGCAAGCUGCCUCUAACAGCGGAGGUGGAACAUAGUCAUUGUGUCCAUUGUAACCAAUGAUGGUCCUCCAUUAUGGCACUCCACAUGUAGCUACUUCUAUAGCAUCUAGAAAUAGGCCAGAAAAAGCAUUUGGGAUGAAUUCUCCUCUGUUUUAUGUUCUAAUGGCUUCUUGGGCAUCUAGCCUAACUGAAAGCUAGUAAAGAAUUAAGAACCUGAGGGCAGGCUUCAUUAGUUUCUUGCAGCACACAUCAAAGGAAAAUGUCUAAAUAUUAAUGCAGUGUAGAAUAUACAUCUUCCAUUGUUUUAAGUGAAGUGUACUGUCGUAGCUGGAAGAAGCUUUGUCAGUAAAUUGUGCCAAUUUAGAUCUUGUUCUGAUGGUUUUGUCUUAUUGGGUGGAGCUGCAUAGUGCAACACUUGCACAGCUUGUCAGGGGCGUUAUUCUAUACAGCUUUAGUUGAGUUAGGUAUGGUGUUCAGUGCUUUGGCAAGACUGGUCAAGGAAUCACCUGAAGUCUGCAAGAUGUGAAUGUGAAAUGUUGCCGUGUCCUUGCCUUCUAACUUGAGUGCUUCUGUUCAAAGUGCCAGCCAGCCUCAAUGAUAUGGAAGGUUCAAGUGGGAGAAUUCAUGUCUUCCUGCCCCACCUUCCACUAAAGACUCUGUGGCUCUUGGGGGAGACAUUGAGUGUUGCUCAUUCCUCCUUUGAUCGUUUUUGGAAAGUGUGUUUAGCCCCUUUAGGUGCAUCAAGGCAAGUGGUAAUUUUACUGACCGUUCGGGUUAAAAUAAGAAAAGUAAAAUAUAAAUACAGUAUAUAAUUAGUGCAUAAGCAUAAUUAAUUUCAGAGACAGGAAAUGACUUUGGAUUCAUACAUGUGUUAGGUAUAAUUAUUGUAAAAUAAAUGGUUAAUGAAGCUGCAAGUUCUUAUGCCUACAGGAAAGCAAAUCCUCAGACAGAUUCUGAUGAUUAAAUGUUCAAGCCAGAAACUUGUUCUGAUUUCUUCUUCUUGCCAUUCUCAUUGGGGGGGGGGGGAGAUUGUAAAAACCUAUUCUAUUCCAGAUAAUACUUUCAGCAAGAAAGGUAGCAUUAAAGUUGUGCACUUUUAACAUGUUGGUGCUUAAUAAGCAAGUUCUUUAAUCUGAAAAGUUCACGUGUGUUAUUGGCAAUAACACACAUUUGAAUAUUUGGAGCCUCUGAAAGGAUGAGGCUAGAAAAGUAUGCUAGAAAAACCUUGUUGAUACUUGUAAGAUCAGCUUGACUAGUCCUCUCUUGGAUCAAAAGUGAAUACUAUACAUUUGCUAGAAUCUGAUAUGCCUCAGGCUUGCAUUGCUGGAAUUGGUUUGGCCCAGCUCAGCUCCAUGCAGGCACUGGCACCCACAGAUCAUGAGAUGGUACAUGGGAGAAUGUGUGAACGGGUGAGCAUUCCGGUGUAAGAGUUCUUCACUUUGUCCCAGGUUAAAGGUAAAGGGACCCCUGACUGUUAGGUCCAGUCGUGGCCGACUCUGGGGUUGUGGCACUCAUCUCACUUUAUGGGCCGAGGGAGCCGGCGUACAGCUUCCGGGUCAUGUGGCCAGCAUGACUAAGCCACUUCUGGCGAACUAGAGCAGCGCAUGGAAACGCCAUUUACCUUCCCGCCAGAGCGGUACCUAUUUAUUGACUUGUACUUUGACGCACUUUUGAACUGCUAGGUUGGCAGGAGCAGGGACUGAGCAAUGGGAGCUCACCCCGUCGCGGGGAUUCGAACCGCCGACCUUCUGAUCAGCAAGCCCUAGGCUCUGUGGUAUAACCCACAGCACCACCUGCGUCCCUUUGUCCCAGGUUAGGCAGAACUAAAUGUUAAGCUUACAGAUCAUAGCCAUGGUAGCUGGUUUAUAACACUGCGAAGGCUUUAUCCAGGCAUUGGCAAACUCGGCCCUCCAGAUGUUUUGGGACUACAACUCCCAUCAUCCCUAGCUAACAGGACCACAGGUCAGGGAUGAUGGGAGUUGUAGUCCCAAAACAUCUGGAGGGCCGAGUUUGCCUAUGCCUGGCUUUAUCAGAUGGAAAAUCCAUAAUGGCCUGUUGUAUGAUCUGCCUUAUCUACACACAUCAAAAUACUUGUGGUGUUAUUUUGGUACUUGAAUAUCUUUAUUAACCUUAAAUGCUUUUGGACUUAUUUUAGAUAUAGCUUCCCUGGUAUGCCACUUCUCCUAGCUGACUUCAAGGGCAGAUGUGGUGGUGGAUGCAGAUGACUAAGUUUUCAUUAGUAACUAAGUCCAAAAAAGCCUCAAUUGAACUACCUUUUUUGUGGAACUGGACACUUCCACAAAAAAGGGAAAGCAUUAUUCAGUGCUGGGAAAUUCAAAUCCCCAGUACCGCUAAGACUUUUUUGGGUACCAAGGAUGCUAGGGUGAUGUAGUAAACUGGCUGGACAUUAUGCAGUGUCUACAUUUGGGGGAAGGCUUGUGUGUGCAUGAGAGGAGGAUAAGGGCUCUUGUGCAAGGAUCUAAGCCCACAUGGUAGCGAUUGUUGAAGACCCUGUGCUGCGCCUCUGCAUAUUAAGCUUCACUUGCAUAUGUUUUUGAGGGAUCUCUUCACUUUCUUUCUAGCAACUUCAACAGCAUAGAGAUGCAGACCAGUGCUCAACAAGAAGCCAAGUUCACACUGUUCUAUAGCUUGUCAUAACCCUUGCCUAAAGCAGUAGCCUUUGCUCUGAUGCGGAGUUGCUGGCUGGAUCAGUGGCAGAUCUGUGGACUCAGAACAGCAACCUAGGCCCCAACACUGAUGGCCAGCCCAAUCAUUAGUCCAGUGGCACUGGAGGACAACCCAGGUCCCAGCAUCAUGACCAAGCCUGAGCCCCACAGAUCAGGAGCAGUGAAACAUGAGACUUCCCACCCCCACAGGUCUCGGGAGUUUGUACUCUCUAAGCAUGCAUCUCCUGAGUAACCACCCCCCAAGAUCCGGAGGGACCCACAUCCCCACAUCCCCAAAUCACUUUGUCAAUUCAGGGAGCACACCUGGAUGGACUUCUCAGAAGGGCUCUAAACCAGAGGCAAAACAUUCCUUCUGGUCUCAAGAUGCAGACAACAGCUAGUAUCUCAUAGAAACCACUUGUGGCCACGUUAAAGCAGUUUCCUAGAACAAUUGUUCCUGGUGGCCGCAUCUGGCCCUAUUUGAGAAACGGUGGCUUAGACAAGAUAAAUGCACUGCAUUGCAAAGCAAGGCUGAUGACUAAUGUUGCGACUGGCUAACUUUGCCCUCCAGAAUCUUAAGUGCAGGUCAUUCCUCUUAAUAGAUUGUAGUGGGUCUGUGGAUCACUCACGCAACACGGCUCCUAGAAGCUGCAAUUUUAAUAAGGUUUAGUUUACGACAAAGUAGUUUGCAAUAAAGCUUGCAAACAAAGUGAUGUUUAAAGCUAUAAAUAUUUUCUGACUUGACUCUUCAGAGAAUGGAUCAUAUCUGGAAAGUGUUGGGUAAAGACUUUAAAAGCAUUCUUUAUGGUGCCUGUUACUUUAAAAAUCUUGAAACCUGAUGUGAGUGAGAUGAUGAUCUAUAUUUAGAACAUAAAUAAAUCAUUAUUCAGGGAACCCUUGUCUUUUCUAUUUUUAAAGUAAUGGAUAUGGUAAAACAGAAGGAAGUGAUUUCAGGAUGGCUAGUUACUACAGUAAGAAUGCAACUUAAUUACUACAGGAAAAGGAAAAUGUUCAGUUCAGUGUGUAUAUGCCCCCGUCUGAUCAAAAGAAUCUUGAAACAUGAUGAGGUUCAUUUCUAAGCCAAGUCCCAAACACAAUAGUGUGUGUGUGUAUGUGUGUUAAACAGGGUCACAUCAGAAUACAUAUCAGCCUGUUUGUUCCAGGGACUCUAAAUGGAUUGGCUUGAUAGAAAAAAGCAAUCUAUACUUCAUACAUUCAUCAUUGUCUAGCAUAUUGAGGUGGGAUUAAUAUACAAUAAGAGUGUUCAUUUUGUAGCUAAUAAAAGUGGAAUAUUGAAGCCGCUACAGGAGAACUGUGUUGUUCAGCCUGCUAGCCAAAGCAUCAUGGUGAAUUAUAUUUGGGGCACUACUUUGCUGCUCUUGGAGCAUUUGGCUCCUUGCUCUGGAGAUGAUGGUGUGGAAGAAGGGCUCAUGGGUAAAGUCAUUGUUGAUAGUAUGGAGCUAGAAUGGACCAAUGGUCUGACAGUUAUGGCAGCCCCUGAAGGUGCACUUUUACUGCUGCUUUGGAAAGUGACACCGCUUGUCACAUUUUCCCCUCUGGGCAGCCCAUCUCUACCACGAUGCCAUCCUUUGUGGAACUGUCAAAAUGCCACAUGAAAUAUUUCAGGAGAAAUAUGCUUCUCUGUUUGAUUACUCAAUUGGGUUGAAAUUAUGCUUUAAUUGCUUUAUUUUAACCUGCUUUUAGGGUGCAUUCCUGAGGGCCAAAAAGUUGCACAUACAAUUUAUUUGAAAAUAAAUAAAAACCUCUUAUCCCUGAGGAAAUGAACUUGCAGUGGCUUAGAAGAUGGGCAGGACACCCACACUUCUAUCCAAGAUACGUAUUAUUUUUGUACAGAAGCUCCAAUAAGAAGACCUCUGCUGGAUCAGACCAGCAUUCUGCAUUCUCAUAGACCAACAAAUAAUAUUGCAUGCAGACGUGUAUGAAAAUAGGAGCUGCGCUACUCCGGAAAGUGUGCUCAUCAUCCUGUUAAGUACACAGUCUCCUCUUGAGGAGCAAACUCAGAAGGGCGUGUGACAACUUUUGUCAGUCGGAAGCAGAAUUAUUAAUUGCAGUAUUUAUCUCGCCCUUUCUCCAAGGUAGUGUAUAUCACACUCGCCUUCAUUUUGUCCUUGCCAAACUGUCCUGUGGGUAAGUUAGGCUGACAGAGCAUGACUGUCCCAAGGUUACCUAGUGAGCUUCCUGGCUGACUGGGGAUUGCUCAGCAGUCUAACCCCUACCCGCCUGUGCAGUGUACUGACCGACUGAGCAGCUAGGAUAUCACAAAGGAUCCUCCUACUGUUGAACAGUCUUGUGGCUUAUUCUAGAAAGCGGGGGAGUUGGACACCAGAUGAUAGUGCAAAUAAUUCUUUUUGAUAAAGGGAAAAAGGCACAGGGGAGAAGGGCAAAACUGACAAGGACAUCAUCUUUUGGGGUAGAGACAGGUAAGUGUGUCUUUUGAAGCAUGAAAGUUUGGAAGGCAUAUUCACAGGGGUUAAAAAACAAAAACCCACCUGUGUUGACCACUAUUCUUAUGUGCAGCUGUGUAUGCCCUACAUUUCACACCAUGGUGUGGGAUUUUGGUUUGACUGGGUGAUCUUUGGGAUUCUUUCCAACUCCAGAGCUCGAAUUUGUUGAUAGUCUUGGUAAAAUUGCCCAUUUCUUUCCCUUUGUUCAGGAGAUUAGCUGAUGGCUGUCAAUAGCAGGCUUUAGCAGUGACUAAGAAAAUAGCCCCAGACUAUUUGGAGAAGAGAACCAUGUCUGUCUUCCUCCUUUGCCUGGGGAUGUUGUUUUUAACUCUAUAUAUGAAGGCCUGGCAGUUUGGGAGAAAGGCAAAUGGGAGCUGAGUUGGUUUUGGAAGCAUUUUGAGGUGCUGGUUGUCCCUGAUGUGGCGCUGAACAUUGGAACGUGGUAGAGCAUUUUUAUCCCAUUUAUUUGUAUAUAAGCACAAAUAUUACAAAACACUGCUGGCCUCAUUCCACAGUAGACUCAAACUUGAGUAAGCACUACGCUCCUGAAGCUUCUAACCACCCAGAAAUUGGGGAGCUUGUAAUAACAUGAUUAGUUUCUUGGAUAAUUCAUUAUUUCACGUAGUGCUCUCGCAAAUUGUAUAUCUGUGUUGAUGACAAUUAACUUGCAGAAAUAUUGUAAACCCAGUUUCCAGUCGAAGUUGAGCACAUACUUGAUGAGCUCCUGGGAUAUAAAAGUGCUUCACUUUGAAUCUAACCUGGUUAGAACACAAGGUUGAAGGAUAGUGUCUUGGGGCCCCUCCAGAUAUCCUGUUUAUUGCACAUUCAUGAUGAUUUGUGCUUACAGUGCUACUGGAGUCAUUACGCGCAGUCCUGCUCUCAGUGCUAUUUGCACAUGCAAAGGUUUUGGGAUGGUCACACUUCUUCGUUUCCAAUCGGUGCAUAUUCUGUAACUUCCACUGAAAUCCCAUCUCUCUUUAUCAGGGCUUUUUUUAAGCUGGAACUUGCUGGAACUCAGUUCCGGCACCUCUCGGGUGAGCACCAGUGCCAUUAUAAGAGAACAAGGGAGGCCUUCAUAGUGAGUCUCAGCACCUCUUUUUCCAGGAAAAUAGCAUACCUCUUUAUACCACAAAAGCAAUUUUUCGGGCUGCUUUUGUUGCACCAUAGCCCCUCUGAACAGCAGCAAUGUGGUGGCACUGUGGAAGUAUUGCUGAGCAAGCUAAAGCAGGAUAAAUCCAGCACUAAUUCUCUAUUAUUGUGUCAAGAAGAUGUUGCAGGAUACGCAUGUAAUAAAACAGGUGGGGAGAGGCCCUUGAUUUAAAGACAUGAUACUGAAGUGGGUAGGGAAAUGUUUUGUUCAGGUGUUGGCAGUGGCGUAGCGUGGGGGGUGCAGCCGCACCGGGUGCAACAUCUGGGGGGGCGCGCUCGCGCUCGCACUCGCAGCUCUCUGCCCCUACCGAGUUAGGGGGCGCAAAUUACUUGCCUUGCCCCGGGUGCUGACAACCCACGCUACGCCACUGGGUGUUGGGAAUGUUUGGCUCUCCAGGUGUUGCUGAAAUACAACUCCCAUUAGCUCCAGUAAGCAUGACCAAUUGCCUGGGAUGAUGGGAAUGGGAGUUCAGCAAUAUCUGGAGGGUCAAAGGUUUCCCACACCUGGUUUUGUUGGGCAUGUGCUUCACCCAGUGGCGGAGCAAACCAAUUGGGUGGUGUGCGUCCGUGCCCUGCACCCAGGGGCGGAGCCAGCUGCCUGUGGGGGUAGGGCCAGCCACUUGCAGGGCGGAGCAAGCCAGGGCAGGACACUCUGCAGGGCCUCCGAGGAGUCUGCCUGCCUCCUCCCACUCAGCUGCCCUACAGCUGAGGGGGAGGCAGUGGGCGGACUGUUUGGGGCAGCACGGAGCCUGUGGGUGCCCAAGCCAUCAUGUCAAUCCCAGGAGAGACACAUGGCUUGGGCACGUUGCAGGCCCCGAGGUGAGUGCUGCCCUGCAUUUUGUCACUCCCCUCAGUGGUGACACCUGGGGAGCCCCGCCCCCACCACACCCCCCUUCCACCGCCCCUGGCAUCACCCACUUUAACGUAUUUUCAGAGUCUGUGCCAAAAUUGGAGUAAUUGGAGGGUCUCCUUGCACCCUCUUGCUAGUAAGAAAAGAAUAUUUUUUGGUGUACUGUUUCAAUACAUGAAAAGAGUUUAGUUGCAGAAACUAAAGUGAUUCUGAAUAGCGUAUUCUGAGUCAAUAGCAGACAAAUUGCCAUUUGUGCAGAUGUGUAGGCUUUUCUUACACCUACAUUCAGAAUCCAAAAAACUCACAAAUUUGACUGGAUACUACAGAUUCUGUCAUUCAACAUUUUGGAGGGCAAAGCUUUUUGUGACCAUUCAUGUAAGAUAAAGAAGGAGGCAGCUGUCCAAUUCAAAAGUAUAUGAUAGAAAAGUGAUUAUUGUAAAAAGCAUAUGAAUAUUCUUUAUCCAUUAUUUUUGUGUACUUUAUGCAGUAAGUAUUGUACUGAGCUGUUCUCAGUUGGCAAGGCAGGGAAGGGGUUAACUAAGCCAACAAACUUAAAGCCCCCUCAGGAGUGGAUACUCCUCCCAGUUUCAGGAAUUAUUUCCUGUCUGCUUCCUCAAAAGUAAUGUAAGGACAAGGGAAGCAGUAUGAAGGAAUGACAGUAAUUGUUUUAUGGGCUAGUAAGGGUAAAAAAAAUGUUGUCCAUACCUGGUUACCACAGUAUCUGAAAUGAACAGUUUUUGUUGAGAAAUUGUGCCCCAGAUUAAAUCCUAUUGACUUGUUUGGAACAAGUGCCUACUCUGAGGAUCAAACUGGUUUUUGCAGAACUCCAGGGUUGAGGCUCAGUGGCAGGGCGAGUGCUUUGCAUGUAGGUCCCCGAUUCAAUCCCCAGACUCUGAAAGACUAAAACCUGGAUAGUCACUGGCAGUCAGUGCAGACAAUACUGAGCUAGAUGGAUCAAUCGUCUGCCUCUGUGUAAGGCGGCUUUCUGUCUUCCAUCACUUUCUUAGCAGAUCAUCAUGCUGGGUCCUGGGUGUUUUUUUUGGUGUGCUGCUAAACCAGGAAUAGGCAAACUCCAGCCCUCCAGAUGUUUGGGACUACAAUUCCCAUCAUCCCUCACCACUGGUCCUGUUAGCUAGGGAUGAUGGGAGUUGUAGUCCCAAACAUCUAGAGGGCUGGAGUUUGCCUAUUCCUGUGCUAAACUGAUGAAAGUCUUCAAGAUGACAUCUUAAUACAUAUGCUGUGGCAAGAUCACGAUUAGAGAAGCCUUCAUUUCCCUGUUCAUACAGCAUCUGAGGGUGGCUCCAACAGUAAAGCUAUGGAUAUGUAUGUAACAUCUGGAAUUGGUGUCUGCCAUGUUAAAAAGCAAGUCAACAGCUCUUUAAGUGAAAACUGCCGAAAUCACCUGCAACCAGUCCUUAAGUGGCACUUCAUACUGAACAAAUUCCUCAACACUGCUGUUAUAGAUUGUGGUGAAAUCUGCUGAACUAGGUGUAGGUCUACUUCAAGUAGCAAGGUUCUCCAAGUUGACGGCAUUCUUCAGACUUGGAAGUGGCUGUCAAAGCUACUUAUUCCAUGAUUAAUAUUGGAUUGAGUUUAAAGCAUGUAUUUCCUCCUCUGGCAUUCGGAGCAUGGCAUGCAAGAAUGAGGCUAUGCAAACAGUAUAAAUGAGUGGCUGCAGUUGUUCCCUAGAUCAGAGGAGUAUUUCAGGCUUGAUCAGUCUCUAAUGAAAUUAUACUAUAUUGUAUAUUCUCCAUGUUGGGAAAGCUCCUUCAUAACACAUCAUCUUCUUCAGAAUACUUUCCCUGGGCUGCAAUCCACUCAUUCCAUUCUUCUCUUCUCUUCUCUUCAUGAUGACCCUUCACCUGCCAAUUGGGGUUACAGUCCAAGUUUGGGGAAAUUAAACCUUGGUGGAUUAUCUCUAUUUAAGCAAGGCCCAUCUUGUACCGGGGUAAAAAAUAAACAUAUACUAUGCAUAGCUAGUCUCAUCAGGCUCCAUAUAUAUAUAUAUAUAUAUCUGUUUUAAAAAAUGUACACACAUAAAUAAUAAAACAUAACAUGACUGACAAAAAAAUGGGUCACUAGGAGGGUAAAAUACUAAACAUAUUAUUUUACAGUGCAUAAUAAUGAGGUGAUGACAGUAAAGCAGUUCACUGAAUUCUUCCAUAAAUCAACUUGGAAAACACAGAAUGAUAUGCAACAGGCUACUUUCUGUAUGUAUAAGAGUAGAUUAGAGGAAAACUUGGGGAUUACAUUCCUGUACUCUCCAGCGAUGGGAAUCCUCCUCACUGCACAAUUGUCAUCCUCAUGGCAUAAUUUAGCCAGCAGAAGUCCUAAAGCGAUUUAUAGAAAUUACAUACACUAUAUCAUCAAAUAAUGAUUAAAACAAUUUAAUGGAGAACAAAUAUUCUGCAGUUUGUAUUGCAGUUUCAUCUUCAGUAUUUGGUAUGUAAUGAACCUGAACCACGAAAAUAUGAUAAUGCAAACAUUAAGAAAUCUAAACAUGGAAAUACACUUUUGGGGAACAUGUACACUAAAUAAUAAUAAUAAUAAUAAUAAUUUAUUAUUUGUACCCUGCCCAUCUGGCUGGGUUUCCCCAGCCACUCUGGGCGGCUUCCAUAGAAACAAAAAAUACAGUAAAAUAUCACAGAUUAAAAGCUUCCCUAAAGUUAUUCUCUAACAAGAUACAGGAUACCAACUCUUAUAAGAAAGAGAUGAGUUACAUAUUGUUGCUCACCACCCCAAUAUUUGAGCAGUGCAACAUUCAAAAGGGAUUCCGGGCAGUUACCCAGGGUUCUUUUUUCCUUCAGAAUGCGAUACAGCGGAGACCGUAGUGUCUUUAGGAUGUAUGGUUUAUUUUCACAUAUAUACAACCUGAACAUACAACAUCAACAUCAACAGCCCGAGAGGAUCUUGUUCUCCCAAAGCCCCAGCAUUGGAUUCAAGCAGAAAUCAUACAUCCCUCUGACUUUCUUUGACUUCCCAGUCUGCAGCCCCCCCCCCCCGCUUCUAGUGCACAUUACUCAACUCUCAGCUCUCAACUCUGCCUUUGUUCUUCUAGCUACCCAUGAGUUGAAUGAGGGGCCCCUUCCCGUUUGUCUUCUCAUGCAUAGCCCCUUCCUUUGUUCCCUUAAUGGCCCAUUACCUGGGCUAUCACCUCACCAGGCAUCUAUACCAUGAAUGAGAAGGGGAGCCAGGCAUUCUGCCUACUACUCCCCCGAACUCAAGACAAUGUCUUGCUUGCUACUUCUUAUAACAAACUAAGGUGUUUUGGCAUUACAAAUGUUGUGUUAGCAUAUCUUGAGAGCAGAUUUCAUUGAAGCUAAAGAGGCUUUCAAAUAAAGGCUUCAUGUGAUACUGUGAAAUGAACAUUUUCCUUUCAAGUGUUGUGUCUUCACAGGUUUAAUAGUGAAUCAACAUAGGCUGUAUGGCUAGAUGUUAAUGGCACACAAGUGUGUGUAAACUCAUUUUGUGACCUACUUUAAAUCUGGCUUGUAGUGUUUUUCCAUCUCCUGGAAUUUCAUUCAUGUUAGCCAAUGACUGAUGUAUUAAUAUUUAUAUUUGUCUGCACCUACUUCAGUGAAUGCUUCUCACCUGACUUAUCUGCUGUGCACUUCAGAAUUGAGCUGGUUGCUAUGGUUACCUACAGUCCUGGUUCAGAGGCUGCAUAAACAGUAUGUCGCAGGCCUUUUGCAGCAUUUAGGGUGGGUUCUCAUGUACUAAAAUCCUCCCUGAAUUUGCAAAAUCUAAGUAAUUACUGGCCAAUGGCCAAUACCUGGACAUGGUUCUUGAGCAGGUGGUCACAGACCAGAUCCAGGCGCGCUUGGAGGAAACUGAUUUUCUAGAUCCAUUUCAGUUGGGGUUUAGGCCCGGUUUUAGCACAGAAAGUGCUUUGAUUGCUCAGUAUGAUGACCUCUGUUGAGAGAGAGAGAGAGACGGGAGAAAUGUGUCCCUCUUAAUUCUCCUUGACCUCUCAGCAGCUUUCAUACCAUCAACCAUGGUAUCCAUCUAGAGUUGCUGUCUGACUUAGGGGUGGGUAGAACUGCUUGGCAAUGGUUGUGGCCCUACUUUGGAUGGUCAUUUCCAGAGGGUGAUGAUUGGGAAGUGCUGUUCAGCUCCAUUGAGCCUUCAGUGUGGGGUUUCUCAGGGUUUGAUUUUACCCCCCGUGCUGUUUAACAUCUACAUGAAACCACUGAGUGGGGUAAUCCAGAGUUUUGGAGUACAUGGUCAGCAAUAUGGUGAUGACACACAGCUCUGCUUCUCCUUUACAUUGGCAGGUGUGGCAGUGGAUGUGCUAGACCUUUGUCUUGCCUCAAUAAUGGAUGGGAUGAGAGCCAACAAACUGAGGCUCAGUCUAGAUAAGACUAAGGCACUAUUCGUGGAUGGUCAGACUGGGUGGAUGGGAGGUGGCCUGCUCUUGAUGGGGUUAAAACCAUUGGAAUGCUUUGUUACAUAUCUUUAGGCACCAGGCAAAACAUUUCUCUUCUCCCAGGCUUUUGACUAAUUAAACAAUCUAUGGCCUUUUAAACUGGAGAGGUAUUGUUUUUGUUUGUUCCUGGGUUAUGUAUCUUGGUGUUUUUAUCUUGUAUAAAAAUUAAAUAAAAAAAUGUACUGAGAAAUGCCCAAUCUACUUGCUUUUCUUUGUGGUAUUUGAUAAUAUACAUUGUGUCUGUCAUGUAGUGUUGGCAGCAGAUCAACGCUGUGUGACAGUAUGUAAUGUUUUGCAAAGGUUAUCCAUGCCUAGCAUAUUUGGUGAUACCACUGAUAACAGCAAACAACUUUUAAAACUCUUUAGCUACUAGAUCAAUUUCAAGUAAAGCUGUAAAUGUUAGUGUAUUGUUUUCAGUUUGUCCUAUUGACUUCCAUUCUGCUGUAAGAGAACUGCUUGCACUCCCUAUUUCUGUUGCAAAUAUGGGUUUUGAUGAAAUAUUAGUGGUCUAGUAGGAGGCGUUAAGGUCACCUUUGACUUUAAGAAAAACCUGUUACACUUAUACAAUGUUCUUGUUUUUGUGUGAUUGUAUAAGGUGGGGUGUGGUAGCCCUUCCCAUUGGCUAUUUAGACAAAGGCAUUUGUAAACAUUGCAGUUAUGGUUAGGCAUUUGCAAUCAGCCUUUGCUUUUGAAUAACUGCUCUUAAAAAUCCAGCUUUGGUUUUAGUAGGAUGAGCAUCUUUGUAGGAUCUGGACAAGUAUAAACCUAGAUCUAUGUACUGCAGAAAAGUGAAGUGGGGAGCAAAGAUGCUAAAUGUCCUAGGUUGGCAACAUAACAGCAUUUUUACACACACAUCCCUGCCACACAAACACACCAUCUUCCUAAAACUCUAGCUAAAGUAGCACAUACAGGUAGAACUGUAUUCCAUGUUCUCUUCAUGCUUUCUUACCAUUAGCAUGGUGCUGAGUCUUCUCUGUGCUUGUUCCUCAUUUGUGGGAAUUCCCUCUCUAGUGAGAUGCAUUUGUCUCUCUCAUUGUUAAUUUUCAGAAGGAAUUUUAAAAACAUUCCUGCCUACCUGGGCAUUUGAGACUUGAAAGAUGCUGUUCCUGGCAGUGCUGAAAGAAUUGGCUGAGAGAAUGUGAUUGUUUUUAAUGAUACUAAUGUGUUUGCCACCCUGGGCUCCUUUUGGAGAAGGACUGGGAAAUAAAUUGAAUAAAUAGUAAUAUGACAUUUAAGGUAUUUUACAAUGCUCCCCUAACAUGCCAAACAAGUCUCAUCUGCAAUCUGAAAUGAAAAUAAAAUAUGAAAAGGCACAAGCAUCUCUGGUGAUGGAACAUGGAAUAGAACCGCUGUCUUAUUUUACCUUACUGUUUUUUUAAAAAAGAUUUUCAUAGCACUCUUCAUCAUAUCGAAUUUCAUGCUGGUGUAGAGUGCAAAACAAAUUUUGAACAAAGUCCACAUACUUUGAUACCUCCAUAGAUCUCUGGGUCAUAGCCAGGGAAGGAUACAUGCCCGGGGAAGGCUGUGCAAGGUAGUAAUUUUUAACCUUUUCAGACUUAGGACCUACCUGUAACCCAAAACAUGCAUUUGGGAACCCACUUCUUCUUCCUUACUUUUUUUAACCCUAUAUUUGUAUGAUGUUGGUCAUGUUGCUGCUGUUGCUACCGACCUUAGAUCAGUCUAUGACUCAAUCAUGAGUCUCAACCCAAUACUUGAAAAGCAGUGGUCCAGGGAAUAUUCAAGUCCAUCAAAGUUCAGCUGUGCUUUUUAAAAUUAAAAUCAAAAAAAUGCAUGAUUAGCAGUGGCAUGCAGUGAAUUUUUUCACAGGGGAACAGUGAGGGCCAGAGGCAGCAGCUUGCGAGGAUGAUUGUGGGGCGGGGGCAAUGAUGUCAUGCACAUGAGCAGCACUACGUCCCUAAGCCAGGCAGAAGAUUUGUGGGCUUUGGGAAAGAGGUGCCAUACCUCUGACAGGAUCCUGGAGCCCUCCUGCCUCCUUCCCGAAGGAGGUAUCACACCUUCCUCCCAAAGCUGGGCAGAAGCUUCCUGGACUUUGGGAAGGAAGUGCCAGGGGAACAGUUAGGGGACUAGCUUAGUCCACUGACCGCAGGCCACUGAUGACUAGCAUUCUUUCAGGCAGAGAAAUCAGGCAUCCAGAAAAAGUGCUACCCAAUUUCUCUUAUGUAAACCUGAUUCUAGUGAUAGUCAACAAGCGUGAAAGCAGUGUGAUGCUUGAUGAGCACGCUUGUAUUCAUUCAUUCAUUUUUAUUACAUUGUUUUAACAUCUUAAUUUUGCUUCAUAUACUUAGAUUUUUGUUUUUGUUUCCCAGCCCCCUUCCCAAACUGGCUAUAACAUGCGCAUUCACAUGCACAUGCACACACUCGAUCGCAUGUUUGGCAGUUGAGGAUUGAAAAAGCGCCAUGCUCUGAAACAUCUUACAAAAGCAUGUUUUAACUAUACUUUAUGCAAAGUGCUUGUGAACUGUGUCAGAUGUUCCUCCUUUGGAGCCCACCCACCAGGCCCAUAGCUUUCUAGGUUGCUUGAAACUCCUCUUUCUUUUUGUGCUAACAACACAUACCUGAAACAAAAAUAACCUGGUUAAAGCAGACAUUUUUUGUACGUAACGAUUUCCUGUGUUUCAGAAAUAGGCACAGUUACUAGGGAAAGCUGCACGACUACUCAGCCAAUUGCAGAGUAGGUCAGGCCAGUUUCUCAAUACUGUAGAAAGUUACUUAGAAAUUGAUAUAACUUAGUUUACCUCCCAGGAUGCAUGGACAAAGGCUAACAUUUAUUAACAACUGACUUUGUUUUCAUGCUUCUCAGUGAGAAAGCAAAUAUGUACAAAAAUGGAAAACGAAAAGACGGGAGGGGGCUCCACAUAACUCGAAAGGGUGGGCUGCCUCAAAGAUGUUCCAGUGAUGGCUCAAUGAUGGUCAAAACUCUUGGGACACUUGGACAACCGAUUUAAUCCAUUCAAAGGAAAGCCAAACUUUUCUUCUACAAGAGUAAUUGCCGGAAGAUCGUUCUGAGUCUAGGAACCUCUCAGAAAUUGGAUUAGUACUGCAAUGUAGGCAGCUUGUCCCUGAAGGUAAAUAACCUACCCAUUGGUCCAUGAGAAAAAGUAAUUCAUUUGUUUCUCAAACGAUUAGCAAGGAUCAUUUCCUACUGUUGACCAAAUGUUACUAGUCUGAGUAGAUAUUACUGAGCUAAAUGGACUAAUAAUAUGACUUGUUAUAGAGCAUGUUUACAUGAAGCUGAUGCUGGGUAGACUGCUGAGUUCAGAAACCAGGGCACUGCUAUAGAGAAGGCUCUGUCCUGAGUUGCCACCCCAUGGGUCAUACACAUUGGCACUGUUCAUGGCUUUAGUACACCAGUAUCGAAACCUUGAAUGGUGUGGUAGCUUACAGGGAGUGCAGUGCUUUCAGGGCCAGUGAUGUAUGCUCCCACCUAGCUACCCCACUCAAUAAUCUGCAGCUACAUUCUUCAGUGGCUGCAGCUUCUGGACUAUCUUCAAGGGUAGCUCCAUGUUGAGUGCAUUGCAGUAGUCCAGUCAUGAAUUAGAACCUGCUUGAGCUACAUUCUUUCAUUUGCUCAAAUUUGCUCCCUUUGUCAGUAGGAACACUGUAAUGUUAAAUAGGGUGAUGUCUUGAGAGACUAAUAACAGCAGUUUUCCUUUCUUCUACUGCCUAUGUCAGGGGUCAACAAACUUUUUCAGCAGGGGGCCGGUCGACUGUCCCUCAGACCUUGUUGGGGGCCAGACUAUAUUUUGAAGGGGGGAGGAGAACGAUUUCAUAUGCCCCACAAAUAACCCAGAGAUGCAUUUUAAAUAAAAGGGCACAUUCUAUUCAUGUAAAAACAUGCUGAUUCCUGGACUGUCUGCGGGCCGGAAUUAGAAGGCGAUUGGGCCGGAUCCAGCCCCCGGGCCUUAGUUUGCCUACCCAGGGCCUAUGCCUACCAAAGGCUAGCCUCCAGAACAGGUGUGAGGAACUGUUGGCCUUCCAGGUGUUGGUGAACUACAUUUCCCAUCAUCCCUGGCCACUGGCCAUGCUUGUGGGGACUGAUGGGAGUUGUAGCUCAGUAACAUUUGGAGGGCCAAAUGUUCCCCACAUCCACUCUAGAAACUUAGACCUGGCUUUCUCUAACCUCAUCUGCAUUUCAGGGGGUUGGACUAGAUGACCCUUGGGUCCCUUCCAACUCUAAGAUUCUGUGAUUCUAAUUUAAUUCAGCUAGCUUCUCAUAGCUUCUGCUUUGCAACAUAAUGUUGCCAGUCCUUCCAGGGAAACAAUACAUCUCUAACAGUCGACUUGUUCAUUGAGCAAUGUACAUUUGGAAGAUUUAACAUUUAAAUUGAAUUUCCUACGGCACUGCAAUACACCACAUAGCUUGGUUAAAUGUUGACUGGGCACUUAAAUUAGUUGGAGUAGAACAGGCAGAAGGUUCCUUGGAGAUCAGUUAGCCUCCCAUUCAUAAGUCUGAUGAACAUAUUAGGAGCAUUAUGAAGGCUGAAGGUCAUACCAUUGAUCUUAUUAUAAGCCUUGUCUGUUUUCCCUUUAUCUUUUGCAUGCAUCACUAGCUGCUAAUCACCUUGGGUCUGGAGAAUGGGCAAGAGAUUCUGAGAAUUCAGGGUAAAAGAUUCAGGGUAUUAUUCUUCUCAGCUGCAUCCUUGAAUUGCUAGUAAUCAACACAAGUGGAUGCAACCACCUUUCUUCCCCCCCCCCACCUUAAGUAAGAUGGUUCUUUCCAUGCUGCAGUUUAUGAUCAAGUAAACACACAGCCCCCAAAGACCUGAGUGGAUUGCUAAUGGGAGGAUUUUGAAUUUUAGCAUUGUGCUCAGGACUUUACAGAAUGACAGCACAAUCAGUGCCUCCUAGUGAAAAUCCUCUUAUCAGGCUGUCUCAACAGGAUUACUCUGCGGUAACUAUAAGCUUUGCUUUUGACUUAAAUGUUAAUAGGGUAAUUGUAGUUCUAUAAUAGAAAAAAUGGAUUCAAUCUCCUUUGUGGUGUAAACCUAUUUCUACCUAUGCUUCAAAUGACAGGCUUAAUUACAAGCUGUUAGGCCCUGUCCCUUUCUUCAUAGACACAUACUAGUAGAAGGCAUGGGUCUGUGCUUUGCGGCAUGUGUGAAUCAGGACAGUGUUGUGCUCCACACUUGUUUGUGGUAGGGCCAAAUUAGCUUGUCCUGGCUUCUCCCUCUUCUUCCCACCGCCCCCAGUGUGUGUGUGUGUGCAAACUACUGAUGAGUUUACACCAAUGUUGGAACUGGCAUCAUUGCUGGCUGUUUUUGACUUUUGCCCUUUUAAAAUGGAAGCCAACAAUGUAAAAAACAGCUAAAACCUUAAGACAAAACACGAUAUUAAUGUUCUUCUCUGCAAUGUGCAAGAGAGAAAUGUAUAACAUGCUUACAUUUUGAAUUUAGCUCCUAGCAGCAUCUGCUGUUUACUUCCCAGGCAAAGUAAUUAAUAAUGAUCUGGCAAGAUUUCAUGCUGUUGAAAAGCUUGAUUUCGUUCAAGAGCCAAACAUAUUAUCUUCUGUGGGUCUUGAUAAGCAAGAAUUCUGAAUCAUGUCUAGAAACUUCUUUUUGAAUAGUUAGUUAGAACUUAGUGCAAUUUUAAUAAUUACACUUAAGGUUUCAAUAGAACAGCUUGAAAUGUAAAACUAGUCAAGCGGCUAUGUAGCCCAUGAAGCUGAAUCAGCUUCCUGUUGCCUCUGAGCAGGUGAUUUCCUAAAUUACAUAGAAGUGCAGACUUCUACAGAGCUCAGUUGGUUAGAGUGUGUUGCUGAUAACGCCAAGGUUGCAGGUUGGAUCCUUGUAUGGGACAGCUGCAUAUCUGGGUUGGACUGGAUGAGCCUCAAAGUACCAAUGAUUUUAAUCCUUUGCAAAAAAAGAGAGUUGUCUCAAAGGUACAUCCUCUCUGCUUGCAAUGUGCUGACUAGCAGCUGAGCCUUGCUUGAGCAUCUGUUUGCUGCGAGGGGUUACUCAGCAGAAGCAAUUACUGGAGGCAAGCUGCGAGUUCCUUAUUUGAGGAAGUUCAGCCUAGUCCUAUACCAACUAUCUGCUAUUACCACAUUUACAUCUUUACAGUCAGCCACAUGGUUUUAAUUAAGGUCAGGGCACGGAGACCUGUCACUGUGAGUGAUUUGGUUUUGCUAGUAGAGAGAUGGAGCCCUGGAUCUCUAGAUAGUUUGGUAACCCAUGGAAAAAGAAAUUUGCUAGUGAGAGUGGGUGGAGUCACUUAAUAACUACUCUGCCAGGAUUCUAGAUGGUCCAUGUGGUGCCUACUUAGAACAUUAGCUGGGGCAGAUUCUUAGCUCUGUUUUCAUUUGGAAAUAUGCAGCCAAAUUCAGUAUGAAGCAAGUCAGCACCUGCAUUUCUUCCAGCAUUCCAGCCAGAGACUAUAAGCUCCUGUUUUGAUUGUUGCCUCUUCAUUGGUACAUGAUUGACUGCACUUUAUAAACUGAUUAGAAUGGGAUCUCUAAAUGAGAUAACAUCCUGAGUUUAAAGGAAUGUUUCCUCAUAGGUGAAAAUUGGUUCUCAGAAACUACGUUGUUUCUCUAUAAGCACAUAGCUGUUAUGCAUUUAGUAUCUAUGGUAUGCUACAGCCAUUUCUAUAUAUUCAGGUCUACUCCUUUGCGUGUUGAAAUGACUGCAGCUCCACAGAUACCAGCAAGGAGUGUACAGGAAGAGGAGUCUGUCCCUAACGCAUUUUCAGACUGUGCAGAGUAGCCCUGAAUGUGUGAAAAUGGCUUGCGGAUCUGGGUUACGAGACUUAAGAGGCAGGUUAAGGAUAAGGUAGACAAGUUAGGCUUUUAGACUUCAGAAAUUUAAAGAUGCUAUUUGUUGUUAACUUGAAGCACCAGGUUAAUUUCAGUUUAGUCUCGGAUUUCGUAACUGGUAAUAUGGAGGCAGAAAUAUCCAUGUAUCAAGGUCACCAGGUUAAUGUGCUAGAUCAAUGGGAUAAAAAGGACUGACAAAACCCGGGACCAGGAGGAAGGGACGCUGGAUGAAGAUUGGAUUGUUUUUAUUUCUUUUUUUAUCAUUAGGAUUGUUUUAUAAAAUUGAUGAAUGUUAGAAAAAUGUUGAAAUGAAAUUACUUGGCUCUAGUAAAAAUGUUUAAAGAAUUAGGUAAGAAUGUUAUGGUUAUGAGAAGUUGGUAAAAAUAAGAUUUAAGUUUUAAGCUUUAAGGUUUUCUAUAAGAUAAGAUGAAAAUAGAUUAAGGUAAUGUAAUGACAGAAUACUAUGAAUUAUGGAAAGGAUUUGCUGCGAUAAUUAUUAAUUAGGAUACAAGAAAAGGGAGGAGGAGGAGGUCAAAGAAAGAAGGUAAUGAAAGUGGAGAAUUUGAGAAUGAUGGAUUUAUUUUUUCUUUUUCUUUUUCUGUUUUGUCUUUUUUUUGUAAUUUUAAUUUUUUUUUCAAUAAAUAUCAUUUAAAAAAAAAAGAAAAAGAAAUAUCCAUGUAUCCUUUGCCGCUCAAAGCCUUAAAUUAGAGGAGGGGCUUUCUGUGCCAUACAGGUGGGAUCCUUUGUGAAUGAGAAGAGGUUGUUGACUUGUGUUCACAAAAGUCUGGUCCUUGGGGCUUGGUGCCUUUGUGCCAUUGUGAACAGGGACAUUUUCUCUCCGCUGUGAAUUAUUGUAUCCUGUGCCUCAGCCUGUUUGCAUUGGCCCCAAAAUGGUGGUGGGCUGCUUGAGGUGACCUGAGGUGAGAUGGUAGGCAGCUACUUGGCUGAGAGGAAGAGGCUCACUUUCCACUUGGAGCUUGCUUAAUAAGGCCAGGUCAGUCUAUUUGCUAAUUGAUUCCCGGGGCAGGGGGCAUUCCUGACAUCAGAACUGCAAGUGCAGCUUAUUCUUUUGCCAACCCUUCUGUCAUACGGUAACUACUUGCUGAAGCAUAAGAAAAUGAGACAUGCUUAGCUCAUUCUUCCAUCUUUGAUGGAGGCCAGCCAGCUCAGAGUCAACAGGUGCUGUCUGUAAUCUGGACAGGCCCCACGCCUCUUUAAAAUUGGAGCCUAACUGAGCUCCCCACAGCAGCACUGGGGCUUCUGGGUCAUGCUCUCACUUGAGGUGGUAGGCUGGGCAGCCAUAUUGGUGUGCAUAGUAGCCUGGCUCCUUGUCUCAUUCUUCCUCCACAGAAAAAGCUAGAUUGCCCUCCCUUCCGUCCUGAGAGCCCCCUCAUUUCUUGCUAGUUUGUUAACGCCACAGAAACUGGUCCCUCUAUAGAAGGUGAGGCUCAUGGCCUCUCGUUGCUCAGCCAUGAAGUACCGUAUUUUUCGCUCUAUAGGACGUACUUUUUCCCCUCCAAAAAUGAAGGGGAAAUGUGUGUGCAUCCUAUGGAGCAAAUACAGGUUUUCGCUGAAGCUCCCGCCAGGUUCCCAAGGCUUGCGGAUAGAUUCCCGAAACCCAGGGAGCGCAGCGCCGCACACCCCGGGCUUCGGGCAUCUAUCCGCAAGCCUUGGGAGCCCAGCGGGAGCUCCCACCAGGCUCCCAAGGCUUGCGGACAGCAGCCUGCAGCCUGAAACCCGGGGAGCGCAGCGCCAUGCACCCCGGGCUUCUGGCAUCUAUGCGCAAGCCUUGGGAACCCGGUGUAUUGUGUUUCCAAUGACUGAUCUGAUUUUUCAGAUUCCAGAUCAAGGGAUGACCUGUGGCCCUCCAGUUGUUGUUGGACUUCAACUUCAGCCAGCAUGGCCAAUAGUUAGGGACGAUGGAAAUCAUAGUUUAUCAACAUCUGGAGGGCUACUGGUUCCCCACCGCUGCAUUAGAGUGCUCUCUGCUUUUCAGGGCCAAGUUCAUGGUCUCCCAUGCCUUCAAGACAUUGGAAAAUCCUUUUCACAUAUUCUGAGUACCGGUAUUUGCUACAUGUUCUAGUGCACACCACUCAUUAGCUUGUCUGAUUCACUUUGAUAGGCAACUGUUAGAGGCACAGGAGACUUAACACACAAAUUUAAGCAAGUGAAGUUUUCCUUAUAGCCUCACUGUGGAGAAUUACUGUAAGACAAUUGUUCAAGGCACAGGAGCCAUGCCAUAAAGAGAGAGGGCAACUCAAGGUCUCUUGUUAUGUCUUUCUGUCUGAGAACAAUACUACAAAUUUGAAAGAAAGGGGCUUUCACUCAGGAAAUGAACUGAGGCGAUAGGAACUUAAGACUCAGAACUUGAUAUUUUUUAGAUAAUGAUGUGGAUUACUUUAAAAUGUUAUAAGCUAGCCCUGCUGUGCUUAUGGGGUGGGGUCUUGCUGACUUUUUGCCCCAAAGUCCUGUCCUGAAGGCACCACUGUCAUCAGUAAGACUCAGUGAACUCAAGCACUCAAGAGCCAUUAUUUUCUAGGGAAUCACUCUGGUAGUAAGGCUUCUUUCUGCCCCUUCUCACUUCACUUCCAAUGUUUCAUAUGCAUAUUCUGGUUCCCAUUGGCAUGGGCAAAUUCCUUAAGUGCAUAGUCCACAGAAAAGAAUUUGACCAGGGGGCUGAAGCUGAAAAGCCUUUGUAAUAUGGUGGGCAACCUGCAUUUGGGGAGCCGGAGCACAGCAACCCUAGAGGUGGGCAUAACAACGUCAUUCUGAAUCCUGUUGAGAACUAACAAUAGGCAUCUUUGUAUUGUUGUAUAUCUUCAGAAGCAGGUUAAAUAGGCUUUCAUAAAAUAGGAAAGGAAAUGACAGUCUUUAGACCCACACCUUAGAAAUUCAUGGCACUUGGCUUAAGGUUUCGUGACACUGGGUUUUCAUUUAAUACAUGCAAGAUCUAAUUUAGAUAAAAAUGGUGUAUGUUUGAGUCUUGUGUCUCUGCAAUAGGAUGGAAUGUAAUCAUAUUCUGCUGUGUGUUUUUCACUUAGGAGAAAAUACCGUGUUUUGUAAUCAAAUGAUGGUACUCCAACUAGUGUCCUUUGGCUCAAUACUGAGAUUAGUGCCAGUGAUAUCUGACACUAUUAAAUGUGCAGUUUUUCUGUGCAUUUUGUUGUAAUUAAAGGUAAAGUUGAAGAUAAAGCUAUAUUGAUUCAUUUUCCAUUCAAAGGUUGUUUUUUUUUUAACAUUUGAGUUUUCGUUUUAAAACAAAAACAAUUCCUCAACACAAAAUUUAUUCUUUGUAGCUUAGGCAGAAACCUAGCAUUAUGUUAUGACAAACUAUGUGUUUUGCACACCUAAUGAUCUGGGUGGUAUUUUGCACAGAAGUGUUUUCCAUGUACAAAUUUUGUAACCAGCCACUUCAGUAUCCAGAAGUGGUGACCUGGGACUACUACAAAGUUGUUUUCCGCCAUGCUGCACCCAAUUUCAAAACUGUUUGCUUAUGCCAUUUGUAAGAUCAUGCUGAGAAUGUUUUGGCAGCGGGCUUAUUAGAAUAAAAGAGAGGUUUAAGGCAAGAUGCAGCUGAGGAAAGCUUUUUUAAAAAUCUCUUAAUACUUUAUUAAAAUGAGUUGUGAAGAAGCAGGACUUUCAAUCACUUCGGGUUGGAUUGUUGUUUGUAAAACUUGGGUUGUAAAAUGGUUGCUUUUUGCUUUAAAGGCACUUGAGCAUAGGAAAGUCAAAAGUUCUUAGGGAGGUUAAAAGCACAAUAGGUUGUUUUGCUUAUAAAGGUUUUCACAGGAAGGUCUAGCGUUCAUCCCAAGAACCUAGGGUGGAAUCCAUCAUAGCACUUACGCAGUUCUGCUGUGAGAGCAAGGAUUUCUGCUUGUGAAACAGAACGUUCUCCCCCUGCACAUCCCCCAAAUCUAUUCUAGAAGUUCCCCCAACCCUCUGAAGCAGAUUUGUGGAGGGUGUGGUACAAGCAGAAGAGGGGGAAGUCCCACUAUGCAAGCGGAAAUAUUUGCACUUAUAGGGCCCAUUAGCCGAAUGUUGCCCCUUUCAAUUAAGGGGAAAUGGAAACUUACCGUAUUUUUCGCUCCAUAAGACACACUUUUUUCCUCUUAAAAUCUAAGGGGAAGUGUCUGUGUGUCUUAUGGAGCGAAUGUGUGGUCCCUGGGGCUGGGGGGGGAGGAUCCGGGCUUCCCCUGCCAGCCCCGACCUGCUCUUUGGGGCUGGGGCUGGGGCAAACCCGGGCUUCCCCCCCCAGCCCCAACAAGCUCCUGAGCAGCUCUGGGGUAGCCUGCGAAGCCUCCGCUGGGCAGCGGGGAGCCUUCAUCCCGCUGUCCUGGGGAGGCUUCGUGUGGCUAUCCCUGGCUUUUGCGGGAGGUGGGGGAAGGGACAGAGUGAAGCCUUAUGGUCAGGUGCGCCUUAUGGAGCGAAAAAUAUGGUAACUAAGACUCCUCUCACCUCAUGAUUGACUAAUGGGAUGGGAGAGGAAUUUAUUUUUUAAAUCUGCCCUUAUGUGUAGCUACUCAAACUAUUCAACUAAAUUGUCCUGUUGGUUCCUUGUGCAACUAUACUAGUACAGAUACAAAAAGUGACUAGAUAUAUUGCUUGGUUGUGAUAGAAAAGCCCCAAACAUCCCUCAACUUCUUGUGAAGCUUAACUAGUUCAGAGCAGAAAGGUCACUCUUCUGUCAAUCGCAUUCAAAAGCUCUUCAUUUCAGUGGCUUUUCUCAGUAUUCUGAUCCAUCUCCCUAGCUUUGUUGGGCACCAUAGCGUAAAUCCAGCCCUGCACCCCAUGCUGCUUUUAUUUACUCUCAAGUUGCCAUUGAUCUAUACAAAAGUCUGGUAGGCUCUACAAACAGCCUUCUUUUACACACGCAGGUUGUCAUGUUGAAUAAUCUACCCUGUCACAACUUUAUUAGAGCCCUUGUAGCUGUUGGCUCCGCAGGUGAGCAAGCUCUUCAGUGCGUUUCAGCUGUCCUUUGUUAUGACUUUGAUAGAAGUGGAGGACUGAUAUUGGUUUGACACUGUCAGGCAGAGAGGUUGAACGAAUCAUGGAAAAGAGUCAGAGCUCAAUGUUAAGUUUAAAGAAAUGGGAAGGAAAAUGGAAGAGAGAUAAUACGGAGGCAAAAGGGGAAUGGAAAGGGCCAUACUUUCCCCUGCUCCUGACAACCUACCUAUCUCAUGGCACACAUCUCCAAGAGCCAUUAUGGGCUGAAGCAGGCCAAUUCUUCGCCAUUUCCCUAAAACAACAACCACCCUACUCUGUCAGUGGCACUGUUUUGCUUCCAAACUGGGGCCAUCAAAUUGAGCCAUCAAAAGGAAAAAUUGCUAAGAAUGCUGAGCCCUAUGUGGUACUUGAGCUUUUCAUAAUUUGUGUUCUAUGUGUGUAUUUGUGAACAAAGCAACUAUUAUAAAGUUGUCAUGAAUCUACAGAGGUAGCCAACAUGGUGUUCUCCAAAUAAUCUUGAAGUCACAACUCCCAUUGCUUCCAGCCAGCAUAGCCAAUGGUCAGAGAUGAUGGGGGCUACAGUUCAGAAUAUCUAGAGGGCAUUGCGUUGGUGACCUCUAUGUGGCUUAAUAUUUAAAGCAAGCCAAAUCAGGUAGUGCUGUCCUUGAAUGUCUCACUAUUUGAGGAAAUGAAGAAUGAACCACAGAACAGAACCACAAAAGACCAUAUCUUCUCCAGAUGUAAAUUAUUAUUAUUUUUGAAGUCUAUUUUUAACUUGAUAGUUUUAGCUUCAGGUUGAAAGUGUAAAUGCUCCAUUAGGCUUAGGGGAAAUAGGCAGAUUGAAAGAUAGCGAUUUCUUCUUCUAUUUCUUCUUCUUAGUCUCAGACAUUCAGAACUUAGUGUUAGUUGAUAGACUGUAACAUUAGAACCUUAAAAAACAUUGCUACUGUCUUUUUGUGAUUGAUUCUGGACAACUAUUUAUGGAGCAGUAAAAGAUUUGCUUCCUUUCAUAUUUCUGAGCUCAAAUUUCAGAUCUGGGUAUGUGUCGUCUUAAGUGGCUGGUCUUGGCAGUUUAGUAGAGCUUAUUGGCCAUCUGUUCUGUCUAGUUCACCACAUGGUGAACUUGAACUGAGCCAAAACAUGACAGAACAGAAUGUAGCAAAGCAACUUGCUCAGGUAAUGUGUUUUAUUCUGAAUUAGAUACUCAUUUUUUUAAUAUAUAUAACCCCCCCCCCUUCACACCAGUACUUCAGAAGUACUUGAGUGUUGCUGGAAACUUUGCAAGAUGUAAAGGACAGUGCAGUGCACUGAGGGAACCAAAAUUUCUAUAUAUAGUCAGUGUGGACACCUCUAGUCUGCUUGCCGGCACUAACCCUCUUCUCAAUGGGUGGGCACCAGAGCCAAUUACAGCCUCUUGACUAGACUUCUCACUGCUGCUGCACCCUGCUGACUUAUUAGGGUACUAAGAGCAUUACCAGCUGUCCUUUAAUUUGUACAUUUUCUGUGUGCAAGAAACAACAAAUACAAAACUGAUGUCACCCACCCCUAAAGGAAGAGACCAUAUUUUCCCUCCAGGGUUCAGAAUUCCUGAAACCCGGUACCUCCAGUCAGAAGGUAUUGCCCCCUGAAGUUCCAGAAGUGUUUUUGCUCAGUAAAAAUUGAAGUGUAUCUGUACAGUAAAAUGCAGAAUGCUUCAGGCUAUUUAGAAAUCUCAAAUACUAGAAGCAGGCAGCAGUUAAGUGGGCAGUUCAUGAGAUUGGGGUCACUGAAGACUUCCUAACACAUCUGUAGGAGGCAGGCUAAGGAGAAACCGCCCACCCACGUCUUCCUAGCAGCUCUGGGCCCUUGCUGGAGCUUGUGAUUUUUAACUUCUCUCUGGUCCAUCUUGUUCUGUGCAUGUUUCAAAGUCUCUGUUGCAAAGUCUGACAAUUCCAGGGGCUUUUGAGGUUGAGAACACUUUUUUAUGUACUCAGAUUGAUUGAUAAAAACUUAAUCAAAGAGCUUUCUCAGGGUGGUGCACAUAAUAAAACACAACUAAAAUCCAUGAAACUGUUAAACAAGUGUGCAUAAAAUAAUUAUCAUUAAAACACAGAUAAAAGCAGCAAAGCUUUCUAAAGGAAUAUAAGUAACUGAAUGAUGUCUGGGUAGUCUUGCUGAAAUAAAGUCUCAGCAGGAGUCUAAAACAAUGUAGUGAUCUCUUGAUAUUUAUAGUGGCGUAGGCAAGCUAGCCUUGGAGCUUCCCAGCCAAAGGCUGCUGCUCUCCCUGGAAACUAACAUACAAAAUGUUAAUAAAGCUUACAGGCUCUGAAUCCAGCCUGCCAGUCCACUCCAAGGGAAGCAGCAUUCAGAAUCACAGGGAGCAGUAGCUAGAUGAAUUCUGUAAGCUCAUAGGCAGGUUAGAAUAGGGACUGGUAGGGAAGUAAAAAUGAAUGAUGGUAGCAACAGGGUGGCUUUGAAAUCUGUUUAGAUUUAGAUUCUGGGCUUUAUAUAGCAGUAGCUAGGAAAUUGGGUCACAUGAACUGCAAACUCUGAGAAGCUGGAAUAACAGAAGCUCGGGAGUCCCAAGUAUAGGCAGCUUGGAGAAGUGGGCAACCAUUGCAUGGUGAGCAGGUGACUUAUUAUUUUGACUCUGCAGACUUGAAGAUGAUCAGUUAAGAAGCAAGCGAAGCAUGGCUGUUAAGGCAUGAUUAGCACACAUUGUGACGCACAGACAGCUAUUGUGGCUUGGAGUAGAUUUACAUGUCCACAUGUGUACAGUGGAUACUCGGGUUGUGAACGUGAUCCAUGCAGGAAGCACGUUCGCAACCCGCAGUGCUGUGUCUGUGCACACGCGGGUUGUGAUGUGGCGCUUCUGUGCAUGCGCAAGGUGCAAUUUAGCACUUCUGUGCAUGUGCAAGCGCCGAAACCCGGAAGUUCCAGUACUUCCGGGUUUGGCGCGGUGCGCAACCCGAAAUUACGCAACCUGAAGUGUCUGUAACCCAAGGUAUGACUGUAUUCAUACCAGGGAGGCACUUCUGCAGGGGGAGGUUAAUAUGAAAGCAGGCAGAAUGUAGUCAGAAUUCAAUGAGAGCAGCAAGUGUCAUGAGCUCCCAUUGGCCUCUGGAGUUGAUACAGGUUUGUAAUUAGUCCUUGCCUGCCUCUAGUUUUCAUUUCCAUAGUUGGCUGUGCAGGUCCAUUGGACUGAUUUCCCUCUGUAGCCCAAACAAGCCCUUAAAAGUGGUUUGUAUAAUUAGGGCUGCUUAUAUAAAUAGGAAAUGCGCCAAUGGGACAAAUGGCAGUCACUCCAUGUACUUUCUUAUUCUCUCCACCCGCCCCCCCAUGGUGCUGAAGCAGAACACUGGCAGUAGAAUAUCUGAUUUCUGAUGGAGAUGUAGCUUCCCCCCGUGAAAUGCUUGUUGAUUGCAUUGUGAUGCAAGGAAUUUGAAGUUGUGCCCCCCCCCCCAUUCAUUUUGAGAUGGUGACACUGCUGCUAUGAUACAGCUGGUGUAAUUCAAUAUGAAGCUGUCACCUUUGUGCCAGAGGCAGAACAUCAUGGCAUGGGGCAUGGCAGGCUUUCUGGUGUAUGCAGUGCUGUAAGCAAAUGAGUGACUUGAGACCUUCUUGUGUGUGUAUAUUUGUGCACAUUUUCCUCUAUCUGGACCUAUUAGAUGUUAUCUGGAACUUUGCAUAUUUGUCUCCAUUUACAAGGGUUGCAAAUGUAUCCUGUUCCAUGGAGUCUCCACCAAGCCACAGCAUUCAAUUAUUUCCCCCAAACAUACCCAAACAAUCCAGAACUCAAGUUUUAUCCUGCAUAAUACGUGCAAUUGUGGAAGGGGAUGUCCUCACUGAUAGCUGACUACUGUAAAGGUGCAGGUUCUUUAAUCUCAAGAUUUUUAAGAGAAGGGAAAAAGUAUGCCCUGAAUUGCACACUCAACAAAUGUAUAGAAAACUACUUGGAAGACUUAGAAGAUCAGAGUAAUAGGAUCUGGAAACAAGAUCACAUGAGCAAACAAGCAGACAGUGGGACAAUAGUCACCUUUUCAGCUAAUUUUUCUUGCGAUGGAGAGGGCAGGAGAUGGAGUAGGCCCAGUGGUUUUCAACCAGUGUGCUGUGGCACCCUGGGGUGCCUUGAAUGAUGCUCAGGGGUGCUCCGGGCAGUACUGGCCUCUGUCCCUCUUUCCCUCUCUCCCUCCUCUGAUGCUCUCUCGCAUCUCUGCCUCCCAAAGACUUGCACAGCUGUUUGUUUCAGCAUCACUGGCUACACGCUCCCCAGGUGAAUGAUUCCUCUGGGACUGGUCAGGGGGAGCUGGUUGGCAGAAGCUGAGGUGGCCUUGGAAUAAGCAAGCAAGCGGGCAAGGGAGCCCAGCUAACCAGUCCGCCAGCCCUUGCUGUUGGGAAUGGACAGACUAGUGGGAGGCUGGGCAGGCAGGCAGGCAGGCAGGUACCGCAAUAGCUUUUCUUGUGCUAGCUGUGUACAAGGCCUGCCUGGGAGCUGAGUGCCCAGUGUUGCCACACAGGCCCGGCAGUGCCUGCUGCUGCCACUGCUGCCUCCCAAUGUAUCGUGCUGGUCUCACAUUCACCUUUGGCCAGUCUCCAUUGGGCCACUAAGGCUGGGGGUAUCCUCAUCCCAGGCCCCUAUGGGGCAAUGGCCCCCUCUUUUGGGGCCAGGAGGGGCAGCUCAGACACCAGGGGCAGCAGCAUCGGCUGCCCAGAGGACUCCCAAGGAGAAGGGAAAGGAGAGGAGGCUGAGGGAACACUCCACAAGGGUGUUCAGAAAAGGGUGACAAGCUGCCAGCUCUGCAGGCAAGGGGUGACAUAACUGGGCUCCUGAGUCCCACAGGGGAGCUGCAGAAAGAAUGUAGUUGGUCAAGGGAGUCAUGAACUCAAAAAGUUCAAAAACCUCUAGAGUAGGCAGUGAAUGGCGGGAGCAGGAGGGAGAAGCUGCAGUGGCUGAUCGGUCACCUGCCUGUCUUGAUACACGUUUGCUCUCCCUUUAUAGCAUUUUAAGAGAAUCCACUGUAGAAGUCUUGCCCAAGGGCUCCUGGACCUGGAACAAGCACAAAUAGCACCAAUGGUACACUUUGGGUUACCUACCUCUGUAAUUUAUGUUGAAGUGUGUACUUGACAUCAGUUACUAACACAUUUAACUACCAUGUCCUACUCUAUGUGAAAUGGAGGGCUUCUGCCACAGGAUAUGGAAUUUGACAAGUGUAUAGUUAAAACACAUUGGUUUAUAUCCAAUACUUUUAAUGAGUAAAUUCAUUAAAAUUAAUAGACAUGACUGAUUUAGGCUUAUAUAUGUCCAUGGUGUAAACCACUGAGCCUAGGGCUUUCCAGUCGGAAGGUCAGCGGUUCGAAUCCCUGCAGUGGGGUGAGCUCCCGUUGCUCAGUUCCAGCUCCUGCUAACCUAGCAGUUCGAAAGCACAUCACGUGCAAGUAGAUAAAUAGGUACCACUCCGGUGGGAAGGUAAACGGCGUUUCCGUGCACUGCUCUGGUUUCGCCAGAAGCGGCUUAGUCAUUCUGGCCACAUGACCUGGAAAAACUGUCUGCGGACAAACAUCGGCUCCCUUGGCCAGUAAAGCGAGAUGAGCGCCACAACCCCAGAGUCAUUCACGACUGGGCUUAACUGUCAGGGGGCCUUUACCUUUACCUUUAAGCCUAUUCUAAGUAGGACUAGCAUUGGAUGGAAGGGACUGUGUCACUCUGGCUUUAAAUGAUGAUAAUGAUGAUCUUUAUCUUCCAAGACCAUUUCCCACUAUUUAGAGAAUUGUGUGUUUUACGUGCUAUGUAUAAAGAAGUCUUUAAGCUUGAAAGAAAGACAGACUAGACUUGUACUACAUGAAGUACAAUUUGCCAGCCUUCGCAAUCCAUGCCUUCGCAUUUUCACAUAGGGAAACAGAUCUUGCUUUAAUGGGUUUGUAAUGCAAAUGUAAAACCUACAGUGGCCAGAAUGUUCACCUGUUUGUGAAAUCCAAGUUUGUUGGUUAGCAAAGAUUAAAUGUUCACACAGCAGUGGGCAAAGGUGACUGUUUGAAAAUGCUCAAAGACUUCAAUAAUCUACUUGUGUUUUGGUAUAAAGCUGCAUUGAUUGGGGGCAGGUGUUUUUUUUGCAUCGUUUUUCUUUUAUAGCCUUCAACAGAAGGGGGAAAUGCAAAGGUGCAGUGAUAUCAAAAGGCAACUGUUGCAUGUUGGGUGAGGCAAGCACCCUUAAUUUGCCUUCAGUGAUGCAGAAAGGGAUAGAAAUCUUUGUUUCACUUUGAGGAAAUCCUUUGUGCAGGAGGGAGGCUUCCGUAAAAAUUGCCCACAGCUGUUCUAGCUCCCUCCUUUCAGCAAAUGCAUGGGGUCAUGGUUUUGCUAGCGUUCCAUGGAUACAGCUUUUCCCUUCCCUUCUGACUUGCCCUCAGUUGCCCCUUGAUGGGGAGAUGCCCUAAGCCACCAAGGGUUUGUGAGGAUAAAUGGGGGGGGGGGCUGUUGUAUGCUUCCUCAAGAUCCUCAAAGGAAAGAUGAGAUAGAAAUACAAUAAAUAAACAUUGGAGAGUAGCCAUUAAGGGUUAUUUCGGCAGAAAUAGGGCCUUGUUGGUUGACAAUACCUCUCCUUGGUUCCCCCUUCUAAAAAUGGUCCAUUUUAGAGCCAGUUACCUAUCAAUCUCCAGACAGCCUCACUUAGAUUCACUUUUACUGAGCUGUGUUUUCAAGCUAUGUCCUCCACCAUCCUAGAUGGGUACCAUAUGAAGACAGACUCUCUAUAUGUGGGCAACCACAGGUGGAAGACAUUUUGCACUAUUUACUAUAUUGCCCACUAUACAUUGGACCCAAGAGGCAAUUUCUCACCUUACUGUCCGUACAGGAAAUAUGUCGCUCCCUGGCAGAGAAGGUUCUGUGACUUCUUGGCGAUGUAAACGCUUCAGUGAUUCAUAAUGUCGCCUUUUUUGCUUUGCCAAAAAAACCCAGAAAGAAGACCCUGGACAAUAUAGCAGUGAACUGUAAGGGAGACGCAGAGAUCUAAAUAGAGACCAUUAUUUGUGGCACGACUCCCCUUUUGCUUGUAUUUAUUUUUGAUUCAGAUUUGUCAUGGCCAAUGGCUAGUACAAUCAAGUUAUUUGGAUUGGAUUGGCUAACAAUACAAGUUACUUAAAAGGGGACAAGGUUUUUACCCUUUAAAGGGUCCACCAUUUCUUGCGCUAUAUGUAAGUCAGUUGCACCUACAUGCCUGAAAGAAACUAGAUCCCUUCCAGAUCUAUUGAGUUAUAGCCCAGCAUUGCUUCUUGUUGCUUUUGUGUCCCAUUUGGAAAUGUUGUCCAAGAUCAUGCUAGCCAAAUCUCUCUCUCUCUCUCUCUCUCUCUCUCUCUCGGGGGGGGGGGCGUGUCUAAUACCAGCCUGUUUGGGGUUUUUUGAGCUUUUAACAAGCCAUUAAAACAGCAGUCUAGCUGCUUGGGCAGAUGGGAUGCCCAGCUUGCAUCAUGUUGUUGGAUGUUCACUGGUAUGAUUUACACCAAUAAAUCAUCAAAGAACACACCUUAGCCUAGUUGAAGCUUGCAUGUCAGAUUUUGUCGGAGAUAGAAAGCAGUUGAUCAGAGGCACGCCCUGUUGAUGAGGGGUUAUUUCUGGAAAAGAAAAAUAUUUUUACAGGCACCGUUUCCCCAACUUAUUAGGGGCACAAAGAACCCUGUGCUUCUAAAAAUUAAAGCUACUGCAGAAGUCGUGGUGGUCUUUACUAAAGAAAUAAUUUAAAUGAACAUUUUCUAGAUAUUCCAUACUUUCCCACUUACCAGAUUUGAAUGUCACAGUUCAUGGGAAAGGAUUAAACUUUGAUCAAGAGAACAAAAGCUCUUAAUAAUUUCACCCCAUCCUAAAUGGUAAUCUUUCACCAACUAAUUUUUCAUUCUUCAAAAUCUUUAUAAAGCACCCUUUUAAGUUUGGUACUAGAAAAUGGUCUAAAAAUAACCCUGGUUGUUAACAGUAAAAUACUUAAUAGUAAAUCCAGACAUUCAUUCACACAGCGACCUAGCUGUGCUUGCUGGUGCCAGCUUGCCCGUGACAAAGUCUUUGAAUGGAGCACACUAAUUUGCAACUCCUGUCAUAAUUGCAGUUAUUCGCUGCAGCAAAGUGAAGUAAUUCACUUUUCAGCUGUGCUGAUCCUCUGCAGUAGUGGUUCUUGUAGCAGGAAAAUGUGCAUCGUAGCUGAGGUGAAAGCUCUGAUCUUUUUCUUCUAGCAGCCACAGGAGUAGCUUGGGACUGGCUGGGAUGAGACAAAAGCCUGGAGAGCUCAGUUGGUUAGAGUGUGGUCCUGAUAGCGCCAAGGUUGCAGGUUUGAGCCCUGUAUGGGAUAGCGGCAUUGCAGGGGGUUGGACUAGAUGAUCCUCAGGGUCCCUUCCAACUCCACAAUUCUAGGAUCCUGAGAUCUUGUUAAGGGUAGCCAAAUUCUGUGUGAUUGCUAUAAAACUUAAGGAACAAGCUGUGCUAUCAUAAUGAUUAAGGCCUUAAAUGAUAAUUUUAGGUUAUAUGUUAGUGUCUAAGUUUUAAUUUAUAUAUUUUUAAACUGUUGCUAUAUCUGUAUUGUCCCUGUUAUACCUAAUUGCAAAUUCAAAUGUAUCCCUGUCGUGUUUUAUGACUUCCUUGACAUUGUAUGUGGGCUGGAACUGGUCUGUGAUUGAAAUAAUAAAAUUCAUUCUAUGAUUCUAUGAAAAGCCAUCUUUGGACAAAGGAAAACACUUAAGCUCCAUCUCUGAGCAGACAGGCAUAUGUGCUCCUUAACAAUCAAUCCAAUUUUCUGUCUACACAGAAAAAUCAAGGUGUUUUUUUUCCAUAUCAAGUGGCCAAAAGCAAGGUGUGUUUUAUAUAUUCAAAAUGUGUGUGGAGAGUGCAAGUUCUCAUCCAUAAAGUGGGUGAGACAGUGGGGAGUACAGAAACAAGAGGUAAUGUAAAUUAGAAAAAUAAGUUUUAUUUAGGCAUGAGCAGAGAAUCUGUGGUCCUCCAUAGGUUGUUUUACUACAGCUGUCCUUCAUCCCCCAGAUAGCAUUGCUAGUGAUAACCUGGAGGGCCACAGGCUGACCACCCUUAAGGCUUGGGUCCAAAGUCUUGGAUGAAAAGAAGGCCACUUCUGCUGGACAACAGGGAAGUUACUAAUUUCAGAUUCACCAUUGCUCACUGCAUCCCCGUCUGUUGUGUCACUUUUAGUUCUGGAGUGUCACCUGACUCUUGAGGAAUAGCUUUUUGAGGAGCAGCAAUGGAAAGGGGUCCAGGAAAGCCCAGUUGUGUGAAUGGAACUCUAUCCAGAUCCAGAUCAGAAUAAUCUCAUGUGGGCAGUGAUCAGUGGAAAGGUCAACACUUCCUUUGAAGUAGAGGGAAGUGGUAGUUCUCAAAUACUGUGGUUUUGCUUUUGCUGGUAUGAGUAGGCUCUCUAAGACAAUGAUUGGUGUCAGUUGUGCACACUUUUGGUUUUUUAUUUCAUGUUUUUAAAAAUAGGCUUAUGCCAAACAUCAUAUGUUAAACUUUGCCAUUAAAAGCCUAAUUAAAAUUCUAUAAAUGAAUCUCUUUCCCCAAAGUGGUAUGGGGAGAGCUAAUUGGCUAUUGUGAAGAAAGGGUAUUUCCUUUCAGUUGGAUGAAUAAUCAAAGUAGAGUGGUAAACAGAAGAGACAUUUCUUUGCUAAACAAAUGUCUAUAUUUGUGUCUGGAUACCAUCAGACUUCUAAAAAAAGAUGCAUGUAAUUUAGAAACUGUGUUUUUAUGGGAGACUUGUCAGCAUGCUGUAGCAGUUGUGGUAUAAGCUGUCAUUCUGUAGAACAGUUUACAAUUGUAAAUGGGCCACAGGCAAGCUACUUUUGUUUCCUUAUGAGAAGAAGGAAUUGCUUCCUAUAGCACAGGUUGAGACGAUGAAGAAACUAGAUAUUAAUAGUGCAUGGUGCAAAAUAAUAUUUUGAUCAACAAUUCCUAUUUCAAUAAGAAUAUUACAUGACAAUUUUAGUAUAUAAUAGAUAGCUGGCACUGCAUGUGGGUCUCCAAAUAUCCAACAUGCAAAUAAAUUAUUAUCUACUGUGUCCCAGAUGAUGCUCGUCAACAGCUCUCAACAUUCCUGACCAUUGACCAUGCUGGCUGGGCUGGUGGGAGUUGGAGCCAAACAACACCUGGCUCUGGUUUACUCCAUAAAAUAUAAAGUGCCACACUCCUAAGAGGGACCUUUCCCUUGGCUUGGUGAAUUGCCUGGUGGCAACUUGAGCUUCUAAGUAACCAGCUCCUGAUUAGAUUUAAGUAGCUAGCAACUUGGAAUAACUACUUUUUCAACUGGAUGCAACUGACUUUUAUUGGGAGAUGUUCAUAAAACUUGUACAUUUUAUAAAAGUGCAAAUGCAUGAGCAAAGGUGAUCCAAAAAACAUGGCGACAUACAACUCAGAUGCAUGAUUGAAAUCUGUUAGGCACCUUUGGGGAAGACCCCUGAUUAGAGCUGAAGCCUUGAUCAAAGGGUCAAGAUGCAGCAUUAUUUGGUGCUUUCUUAAAUAGUAUGGGGACACGGGUGGCUCUGUGGUCUAAACCAGUGUUCCCCAACCUUGGGCCUCUAGCUGUUUUUGGACUACAACUCCCAUCAUCCCUCGCUAGCAAGACCAGUGGUCAAGGAUGAUGGGAAUUGUAGUCCAAAAACAGCUGGAGGCCCAAGGUUGGGGAACACUGGUCUAAACCACUGAGCCUCUUGGGCUUGUCAAUCAGAAGGUCAGCGGUUCGAAUCCCCACGACGGGGUGAGCUCCCAUUGCUUGGGCCCAGCUCCUGCCCACCUAGCAGUUCGAAAGCACGUCAAAGUGCAAGUAGAGAAAUAGGUACCGCUUCGGCGGGAAGAUAAACGGCGUUUCUAUGCGCUGCUCUGGUUUGCCAGAAGUGGCUUAGUCAUACUGGCCACAUGACCCAGAAGCUGUCUGUGGACAAACGCCAGCUCCCUCGGCCUAUAGAGCAAGAUGAGCUCCUUUGACAUAGUUGCUUACUGAGGAUACUUUACAAAACUGAAAAAGUACUGUCUCAACAAAUCCUCAGAUUUAAGAAUCCUCUUAACACAAUCUGUCAAGAAGUAUGGUUUAUGUUCCCUCUCCCUGCUUCUAAACAACUUCUACAAACCCCACCACGUGUUUUUCAUGCUUUCCUUAUGCCUUUAAUUUAAGAGAGUUGUGUUUGAAGUGAAUUGCCGAGCACUUCAGAGGGAGCAAAUUGUAAAUAUUUCUGGUGGGCCCCAAAGCACUUGGUCUCAGAAUAAUUGCAGCCACCUCUUCAAUUGCAGGAGCAUUCAAAGUAGCCCAAGUGGGACUGAAGUAAAGGAGCUGAUUGCAAAAGGGAUGGGUGAGCUUAUACUAGUCUUGGAAAACAGAGUAGUGCCAAAAAGUCUUUUUUUAAAAAAAAAGUCAUUACCUCCCCUUCAGUGAUGCUGAGAGGACUAAAACAAGAAUUACAGUUAAUGUCAUCUUCUUACCAAACAUUUAAGCAAACUAGACAAACCUCCAAACCAUCAUCAAACUAUUUUUGUUGUUGUAAGAGUACUGACUCCUUUUUAUAACCCAUUUUUAAUGACAGGGCAGAUGUCUUGAUAGACUAGCAUGCUGUCAUCUCUCAGAUGUAGUCAGUCUUGACAUUUUAAUUUUUUUAACUUAUGAAAACAGAGCUAUUGGGGGGAGGCAUACAGAUGACAGUUUGUAAACUAAGGGUCUGGUCCAGCUUCUGUUAAUGCCUCUUGGGCAUAUGUGAAGUUUGUCUCAAGGUUGAGUGAAGUGAAAUGGAGUUUGUGCCUUGGUAGCAGCUGGGUUGCACCCAAGAGUGACUUUUAGGCAAAUAAUGUUAUGACUUGUUUUGAAUCGGUUUAAUGACUUCAAAGUCUUUAUAUCCUCUUUAAAUAAUAAAAAGCUGCCCAUCUGUUGGUGUAGAUGAGCUCACACCGACAUAAAGGCUGUUUUAAACCGUCUCUUCUUGUACUAAGGGGCAGACCCUGGGGCACACAUAGAUGUGAAGAAACAUGAAGAUUCCUCCAGAUGCAACUGUUUGAAGGCUUGUGGGAAAUCUUCAGUCACAAAGACUAGAAUUGUAGCCUUUUUCUCCACAGUUUACCUUGACUCAGAUGUGUGUGUGUGUGCAUUUAUUUGGCUUUCUUGGCUGGUUUUCUUGUAGUUAGCCCUACAGAACAAAUAUUUACUAAUGAUUUCUUUUCUGCCUUGAAGUAUUCCACAGAUUGUCAGUUGUGAAAAGAAUUUGGCCACACAAGAGCUCUAUCCUUUUGGUGGCUUCCUGGUGUCUAAUGAAUUACCACCAGGAUGCUUUUUCCUGUUUAUAAUGGUAGGUAGGAGAGGGGAAAGAAAGGAAUUGAGUUUGUACCUCCACCCAGCAAACUAAUGGUCACACAGCUGAACAAAUCUCUCUUUUAGCCCAUGUCCCAAUUCUUCAGUGAAACCCAACUCUCCUAAAUGCCAUGUUUAUGGCAACUUCCUUCCCAUCAUGGUCUCUCUUCAUAGGGCUGGUAUAUGCCAUCUUCACAACCACAAUGUACUCUGAUAGCAACACACUUAGAUUAGCAUUAACAGGCAACACUAAUCUUUUAGCUUCAAAGGUGUAAAAUUUAAUGUCCUAACCAGCUGUUAUGACCUCUAAUUAGGCUUAAAUGCAUCCUUUUAGGAUCUGAAUUCUUGUUCCCAACAUUUGAUUUAGAAAUUAUUGCUGAUUUUUAUUGCUGAUUUGAAUGUUUUACAUAGCUUAAUGUUUUUAUUGAUAAUGUUAUUGUUUUAUUCUCUUUGUAAAUCACUUUGAGGAUUUAUUUUACAAUCAAGUGGUAUAUAAAUUUUAUGAAGUUUACUAUAUAUUUUGUAAAGUGGUUUCAAAAAAUUCAUGGGCAGCCCUGAACACUUCCAGCUAGUAUUAAAUAAAAUAAUAAAAAUUACGCCGUAGGAAUUAUCAGAAUGGAAAGAAAUACAUUUUCUCUAAGUUAAGCUGCUCCCAUAAUGUAGGUGUGAAAAGUGAGAUCUUUUGAUGAAGGGCGGUAUGCAAAUCUAAUAAAUAAAAUACGGUAAGUAAAAUAAAAAGUCAUCUUUUUUCUGGAGCUGAAAUGAAGCGGGAAAAGGGACGUAACCCUCUUUGAAUACUUUGCAGGUCUCUCCUUUAGUCUGCUUCUCUUCACACCUGCAAAACUGCAUUAUUUUUACCAGGUAAUGGUUACAUCUAGCUGUGCUGCUCUUGGUUUCUUAAAUGGAUAAGCAAGAUAUUUCAGCCUCUACACAUUUCAGUGUCUUUCUCAAAAAGCCCACCAAGCAGGUGCUUUCACCUCUUGGUCUGUUUCAUGCUCCAGUUCACAUGGUGGUGUAUUAGGGAAGAAUUGGGUCUCUGCAUGCCACAAGCCUUAUUAGGACCAAACCAGCAGGUGGUAGAAUGAGGUGUGAAUGUAUGUGUGCGAGAUUGCCAUUCAGCUUUUUAACCUGGUUAAAAUGAAAUUGAAUGAUAUAGUUCUGAACUUCCUCUUUUUCCCAGGAGGAAGAGAUGCCCGAUGUAGAAAUCGACAUUGAUGACCUUCUUGAUGCUGCUAAUGAAGAGGAGAGAGCACUCAAAUUACAAGUUAGUUUGAUUUUACCAACUUGGGACAGCAGUUAAGAUACAUGGGCAACCUAUGGUAAUUAGUUCUUCACUGUCUGAAUCGCAAACCUAGAAUAAUUUUCUGUGCAGAGUUAUUGGGGUAGGUGUGGAGGUUACUGCUGCAAUGUAGAAUAGUCUUUUACCUCAAUCCCAUUCUAGGUAUAACUUGGGAGAAAUGAAAGAUAAACCCUUAAUUGUGGAGUAAAGUAAUAUGAAUCCAGGCAUUGAUUGCAGUAGGCAGAACUUGUUUACCUAUUUCCCCUAGACCAUGAAAUACUGACAUAGAAAAGAUGUCUAUUCCCCAGCAAAUGUGGUGGUUACUCUGAAAGUGUCCAAUCCUUAGAUGCAAGAAGGAUGAAGGAAGACUGCCCUUAUUAAAACAACUGAUGCUCUUAUUUUGUUUCUAGGAAGCGCUUGUAGAUUGCUACAAACCCACAGAGGUAAACCAAUCUUAUACUGUUUUAAAUUUAAGAACAUGAUGAUAGUUUAGUGUGUACAAAUCAGCUUGUCUUACCCAAAUGAAUAAACUUGCACAGAUAGCCAUAAUCUAGAUCCAUGUUAAUGGAGUUAUUUGAAUACUUUGCCAUUAUACUUUUGACGAGAUAGUUGGAUCUCAAAUUGUGUUAAGCCACACUGCCCAAUGAUCUGCCUCUCUGAAGAAGAAGAAGAAGAAGAAGAAGAGGAGGAGGAGUUUGGAUUUGAUAUCCCGCCUUUCACUCCCUUUAAGGAGUCUCAAAGCAGCUAACAUUCUCCUUUCCCUUCCUCCCCCACAACAAACACUCUGUGAGGUGAGUGAGGCUGAGAGACUUCAAAGAAGUGUGACUGACCCAAGGUCACCCAGCAGCUGCAUGUGGAGGAGCGGAGACUCGAACCCGGUUCCCCAGAUUACAUGACUACCGCUCUUAACCACUACACCAUACUGGCUCUCUGGUACUCCUCUGCCAUGUUUCAAAUCCUUAUUAACUCAGGUAGCCUCCCAUGUGGCUGUGAGGAGCACUGGUGGUCUUCCUGCAACAAACACAUGCUGGGCAGACAUUGCACACAUAUUUAAAAUGUGUGUGUAUGCUCAUCACUGUAGUUGCAUGGGGAAGCUGAAUAGAUAUUCCAUAAAUGUGUGCAGUGUUGGUCUAUGUCGACAUGUGUUUAAGAUCUACACGUUAUUUGUUUGUUAAAAGCAACAGUAGUGGACUACUGAUGGUCUUCCUGCAACAAUCCUCUGUUGCAGUUUCUAAGUACAAAUAUUUGCAUCCAUAUCACCUGUCCUUUAAUCGAUCCCUUGUAAGAUUAAAGGGUAAGGGGAUAAAGGUAUAUAGCACAUAGAAUUUUCCUAGUUGUUCCUUGUUAAAGGCAACUGUAAAUUGAGCAUGAGCCUUUUGUUGAGUGUUAUGAAAUCUACCACCUGAAAAAUUAUGACAAACAGAAGAAUCAAUGUGGAAUGAAAAAUUAACUGUUGUGGAAGGGCCAUAGCUCAGUCAUGAAGCUUGUGUUGUGCAUCCUUCAGUUUCAGUCCCUGGCAUCUCCAGGUAAGGCUGGAAAAAUUUCCUGCCUGAAUUCCUGGUGAACUAAUCAGCGUAGUCAAUAUUGAGUUAGAUGGGUCAGUGGUCCAAAUUAUUAUCUAGCAGCUUCCUGUGUUUAGUAACUUGAAAGUGUGUUGUGCAGCUGCACAUAGCAUCACGGUGAUGUGUUUGGGUGUCUUCUGUGUAUUGUAAAAUAAGGGCAUUUGAGACACCAGCUUUUAUACUGUGCUAAACAAGCAUACUAUAUAUACUUGUCAGGUUGUUCACUGCUUCCAUGAUUCCUUUGUUGCUUUCUACAACAGAGGGAGAAAGAGUCUCUCUCUCUCUCUCUCUCUCUCUCUCUCUCUCUCUCUCCCUCUCCCUCUCCUGUAGUUAGUCAUCUGUAAGAAAUGAAUGACACAAUGUUUUGAUGUGGCUGUCUUAUCUUAAAAGUAAGCUUGUUUAGUGGAUGCCAGCAGCUAAAAAUACUUUUCUGGGCAUGUGGCAUCAACCUGGGAAAACACAUACUUUGCAAGCAGCAGGGAAAAUCUCUGACCUUCUGUGUGUAUGUGAGCAGAUUCAGUCAGACUGAAACAGCCAAUCUUUCAAACUAUUGGAGUGUUGCACUAAACUUUAUGAACAACUGUACCAGGCACUUGAGAACUCCUAAUGUGAACCCCAGUCACAGCUUGCCAGUGGAAAUUCUGGAGAUGUGCAGAAGCCACAUAUAUCUGUUGCCUAGAAAGAGGCACUCUGGCUUUACAAGCCUCUAGGAAAUGUUUGGGUAUUGUAAAUGACUAAUGCCUCUGUACUAUUAAUACACGCUCUGUCCUUUUCCCAGUAAGCAGGCUAGAAAUAGAACUCUCUUGAAACUUCACAGCAAAGCAGAGAGUGUUUAGUGAUGCAGGUGCUAUUCAUGCUUGAGCAGGAGAUGUAUAUAGUAGUUUUUUUAUUUAUUCAGAUGGAACUCCAAAUGGGGGACAUAAGUUGGCUCCUUUAGAAGUCAGUGCUCAUGUUUCAAAAUGCAUCUCCACAGCAGGAAUAUAUGGAGAUAGCUAGAAACUUAGCGAAUGUUCUCUGCUGGCAGGUGGGAGGGAAGCGUGUGUGUGUGUGAAUGGGAUCAAUUUCCCUCUGCCACCAUUGUGAUUGAGAGAAAGGGAGUGGGGAGGAGGCAUUAGGUCUGGGCAAAGUAUGCCCUUUGGUUGCACAUAGGGCCAAUGGGGUCACUAGGGGAGACGUUCCCCUCUUCUGCCGCUGAUAGUCUUUUUCUGGGUUCCCGCUUGUAUAAACUCUUACCGGCAACUGUGCUCAAUCUGGAUCACUGGGAUUUUGAAGGCAGCCUUUUGUUAAAACAUGCAUUCAGGAGUCCAUGGCCUAGUCUUGCUUUGAAUGUUGUGUUAGAAUGAAUGUGUGGGUAGGGGUUGCACUUUCUUGGUGAUUUUUCUAAUGACACGUUUCCCCCAAUUCUUUGUUUUUGUAGGAUUUUAUCAAAGAACUGCUAACUCGGAUAAGAGGGAUGAGAAAAUUGAGCCCUCCUCAGAAGAAGAGUAUAUAACUGGAAGCAGAGCCCUCUUGAGAGAUGUGGCUGCUAAACUGGGACUUUCAAUAGAUCAACUUCUAGUUCGGUCUUUAUGAGCAAUUUAUUAUUACUUUUUGGUUGAGUUCUGACAUUUUAAUGAAUUUGACGACUUCUGUUUUUAAGGCUUUUUUUAAAGUGUCUGUUGUUUUUUUAUCAUGAAUAUCAACAUUAUGGAUGCUGCUUUUACUACCUGAGGAUGGUCAAAGUAGUUGGGGAAACGCCAAAUUUAGAGAGACUUCCGCUGUCCCAGACAGUAAUCCUACCUGACGAAUUCUGUAUAGAACUACUAGGAGGUGCUCUUCCUUUGCGACCAGUUGGGUUGUUUCAUUAAGUUGUGCACCAGACUCAUGGAUGUUAAGGUUCUUGUGCUUAUGUACAUAAAUUAUCGAGUGAGUGUUACGUUUUGCUUCACAUGGUUGGAAGGGAAAUGUGGUCUAGUUAACAAUUUAAACGAAAGUUGUAGCAGAUGUGAUGUUGGGGGUGGGGGAGGGAGGCAAUUUGUUAAAAGUCAAUGCUGCCACUGUUUCUAAAUGCAUUUAAAGCAUUGGGGUGAAUAGACUCAUUCACAAAGCAACAUAUGAGCAAGCUAGGGGGUUUCAAGGGCUUAAUUUUGUAGACUUUGAACUUAUUUUAUUGACUUUUGAUGCUUAGCCAGAUCAUCUCCUCUUCACCUCAUGGUCUGUUAGGAUUGUGUUAACUUACUGCCUAAGGGUCUGAUGCAACAGCCAGGGAAGGGUUGAUGCCAUUUGAAGGUUUCCAGAUGAGGAAAUGCAAGUGAAACCAAACAAAACCAUGUAAUAUUGGCCCAGUGCAGUUUCUUCCUGCCCUCCCUUCUUGUGACAAGAAUAUUAGACUGAUUCUCCAACUUUGGCAUCAGACUUGGUAGGUUGUGUGGGUGGUACUGGUUCUUAGUUGUGAAAGCCGGAAUCCCUAACACUUCAGGAAAACAUUCUAAAUGUUUCACAAGCUACCAUCUGCUGGUAGAUGCUAGUCUGGCAUUUUAUAUCAAGGGUGCUCUGAACAUAAUAUUAUUUUUUAAAAGAAGAAAUACAUGUUUGUGGACUUUAUGUAUACUGGCAAGCUUUUUAAAAUGUAUUUAAUUUUGUAAUGUUUUAUCAAUGACUUUAUUUACCAGAUAUUUACUCAAAUAAAUGCAACAAAUUGGGG